CGCGACCUCCGCCAGCUGAGGCUGCUGGAGCCGCUCUCGCGUCUUCUCCUCGGCGCUCUCGCUGCCCUUUCCCCACCGGUGACGCUGCGCGGCGGGGGGGCGGCGGGUUGGUCUCCGGUGCCGGGUCUGGCGGUUGGACGCUUCCCUCACCAUGUCUCGGGUCCUCAAGUCGGUGGAUUACGAAGUGUUCGGCCGGGUGCAGGGUGAUUAUUUUGAUUAUUAUUGUUGUUAUUAUUAAUAAUAAUAAAGGCGGGGGAGGGGGAGUGUAUUCGAAUUACCAGGAGAAGAGAGGGGAAAGGGAGAGAGGGCGCAUGCGCGAGGUUCCCUCAGGCUGUGGAAGCUUGCCGAGAGGGGGCGCGAGAAAAGGAGCGAAUUCGCAUGCGCGAGUACCGUCGCCUGAGGCGCGCGUGCGGUUUACGGGCAACGUUCGGAGUGCCUUACGCGAGCCAGAAGUGGAGCUUCCCCCCCCGGCCACGCAGGGACUCUGCUGCGCAUGCGCAACGUGCAGAGAAAGCGAAAACGUGCAAGGUUGUUGCGUUGGGUAUCUUAACGUCCAUUGAUUUCGGAUUAUGAGAAUUCCACCCCUUCCCCCACGCGCAUACACUUUCUUUCUCCUGCUUCGUUUGCUGGUUUCAGGAGGAGCAUUCCCCCCCCCCAGCCUAAGACUGCAACUUUUAUUGUUUUAAAUGGAUUAAUAGGGUUGUUGUUGUUGCUGCUGUUAUUAAGGAGAGGAAAUGCAAGAACCUCUGCCACAAAGAACCCUUCAGCGCGUAUUUCGUCAGUGAAUAACGUUGCACACUGCCUGGUUGGCUAAUUCUAAGUGUUGGUGCUGACCUUUAAAGCCCUAAACGGCCUCAGUCCAGUACAGUGGUACCUCGGGAUGCGAACGGGAUUCGUUCCGGAGCCCCGUUCACAUCCGGAAUAAAACGUAAGACGCAACUGUGCGUGCGCGGGUCGCGUUUCGCCGCUUCCACGCAUGCGUGUGACGUCAUUUUGACCGUCCGUGCAAGUGGCUCCGUUGCUUCCGGGUCGCCGCAGAGCGCAACCCGAAAAUACUUAUCCUGAAGAGUAUUUAUCCCGAGGUAUGACUGUAUAUCUGUAUAUCUGAAGGAGUGUCUCCACCCCCAACGUUCUACCUGGACACUGAGGUCCAGGUGCUAAGGGCCUUCUGGCGGUUCCCUCGCUGCAAGAAGCCAAGCUACAGGGAACCAGGCAGAGAGCCUUCUCGGUAGUGGCACCCGCCCUGUGGAACGCCCUCCCAGCAGAUGUCAAAGAGAAAAACAACUGCCAGACUUUUAGAAGACAUCUGUAGGCAGCCCUGUUUAGGGAAGCUUUUAAUGUUUGAUGCAUUACUGUAUUUUAAUAUUUUUUUGGAAGCCGCCCAGAGUGGCUGGGGAAGCCCAGCCAGAUGGGUGGGGUAUAAAUAAUAAAUUAUUAUUAUUAUUAUUAUUAACAUUGGUAAUGAAUAAGGGAGAAGCAGAGUAACAAAAUGGAUCAAAGGGGGGAGGGAGAUUAAAGACGAGGUGUAAACAGGAGCUGUUGUGCCUGUAGAUUAAAGACAUGUUUACUCACAAGCAAAUCCUAUUGAGUUUAAAUGGGUUUGCUCCCCCAUUAGUGGGUUUAGGAUUACACAAUCCUAUAGAUGCCCGCUCUGAAGUAAGCCUCAUUGAGUUCAAUGGGACACUCCCAGUCAGUGUGCAUAGGAUUGCAUUCUAAGGGUGGCGCCAGAUGAUAAGGGCAUUUCACCGUUGUGGAGCCACUACUGAAAAUUUAUUUACUUUUAUGUUUCUUACAUUUAAAUUCUGCCUUUCUUCCAUCAUGGGACCUCCCAAGGCAUGUGGUUCUCAGGCAGUCUCCCAUCCAGGGACAGAACAGAUCUGAACCUACGGUACUUUGCUUCAGCAAAGUGGUGGAGAUUAUACAGUGGGAAGACAUGGAAAAAAUUAUCUUCUGUAUAUAGGAUCCAUAGCUAAAAGGUGGCCAGGAUAGAGAGUGUGUGACUAGAUGUGAAGAGAAUCCAUAACAUAGAAGUUAAGAAUGUAUGUACGGUGACUUUGGAUCCACCAUGUAUAAAACAAAUACUGUAACUUUAUAUUAUAAGAUGUUGCAACUUCAUUGUUAAAUUUAUUUGCUUACAUAAUUCAGCUCAUACUGUAUAUAUGAGUUGGAAACCCAAUCCUAAUCAAGUUUACUGUGACACAGUUCAUCGCGUUACAUUCAACAGAGUUUCCUGCAUUGCAAGUAUCCUUAAAUUUGCAGCUUUCAUCCACAGGUGCUCAACCAAAGUUAAUAUGGUGUAAGAUACAAGGAAUGGUAACCAGUUUCAUACACUGGGCAAGAUACAUCUAAAGAGAUAUUUAAUCCCAUUGAUUUCACUGGGAAACAAAGAAUAUGCCAUUUAAAGUAAUGGGUCUGUCUGUUCCCUCGUGCUAAUUGGCAGCAGGAAGCAGGAUAAUCAGGAAGGAGAAUGGAAAAAGUGAAUGCAACAGCACCAGGUAGUGGACAAAAAUAAUUGUGGCUGUUAUGUUUCCUGCAUGGUACUGACUCCAUCCUUUUCCCCCAGCUGCAGAAAACAGGCUAGUCAAAAGAAAAUCUUUAAAAAUGACAUUCUCUGGUCUCAGUUCAGCUCUUGUUGCAUAUAACUAUUCAAUUAUGUUUAUUUUAUAUAUCCUGGCUCAAUGAGACUUUCAGGGCAGCUGAUACACACACACACACACACAAAUCACAAAUAAAACCACACAAAUGCUGGCAAAAAUAAAUUCUAUAAGAUUCUUGUAAAAACAAACAUUUAUUGACUUAUUUCAUUUUAGAUUUACAUACAUGUCGCACAAACAACUUCAGCAAGUAAGCUCAUUAAUUCUUACCAACCAGCAAGUAAAAUAACCAGCGAACUUUUAAAUAAUAUAAAACAACUGCAACAAAACCUAUAAAAGUAGAUAAAAAUGCCCCCUGCAUACGGCUGUGUAUCUUCAUGAAAUUCAGACACAUUCAUAAAGAUCAGUGGCACAUAGCUGAGCUUCAUGAUGGAAACACAUACCCAUUUCUACAGCAAAUCUAUAUCUCGCUUGCUACAUCAGAGGACAUAGGAGUUAUUCAUAAUCAUCUGAUAAUUUGCAAAUAGUUCUAUCGAGCACAACAAAAACUUUGUGGCAAACAUGCACCACUUACUAUCAAUGUUUCUGGCAUCCUGUUUCCUGAAUAUACUAAAAUGUUGCUGUACUAGUUUGAAUAAAAACAUUUAUUUAUUUUAAUGUUCUUUUUAUUCUUUCCUAGGUGUCUGUUUCAGAAUGGUAAGACAACAUGAAGUACAUCAAUCUUUCAUCGCUACUGUAUCAUAUUUCUAAGAAUAAAAAUAAGGCCUGUGGCCUGUACAGAGACCCCAACAGUCUAUAAUGCCAAGUUUUCAAAGCUAAUCUGAACAGUUAAGUAUUGUGUGUCUGUGGUAUGUGUUUUAACGGAGAUCCUUUUUUAUAAAAUGCAGUAGAACCCUGAUUUUAUGAAAACUAGUUGUAUGAACAAUACAUUUAUGAGCCAUCCUACUCAACCAGAUGAGAAAAAAGCACCACGGUACGUGUGCAUGAACUUUAACUUUGUGCAAAGGUCUCAUAGACUUAAAAGUUUUUGCCCCUUGAUCUUCCCGUGGCCCAUACUCUCAAACAUACAGCAUGGAAAGAUUGCGUAUGAGCAACACGCCGUUUUUCACAGUGACCAAGAAACGCAAGCGAACUGUGCUCACUUUCCAAAGCAAAAUAGAGAUUGUGGAAAGGUUGGAGAAAGGCGAAACAGCAACAGUGUUGGCGGAGGAGUUUGGAAUUGGGAAGUCCACAAUUUCGCAACUCAAGAAAAACAAAGACACUCUCCUGCAUUUUGUCUCAACAAUGGGGAGCGAAAAUGGCAAAAAGAAGCGGAAGACGAUGAAAUGCGCAAAGAACUCAACGUUGGAAGAUGCUCUCUAUGCUUGGUUUUCCCACAUGAGAAAUAUUGGUGAGCCGGUCUCAGGCCCACUUCUAUGUGAAAAGGCCUUAGAAAUGAACAGGAAAUUGAAUGGCAACCCUGACUUCAAGGCUAGCUCAGGAUGGCUGGCGCGGUUCAAGUCUCGCCACGGGAUUCACCAUCUCGGUGUUCAUCAUGAGAAGCUUUCUGCUGAUCAGCCAGCCACUCAAUGCCUCAAAAAAGAAUUUACAGAUUUCAAAACAGAGGAGGACUCUGACGCCGAGAGCAUUUACAACACUGUUGUUGUUCCUGGACCCUCACAUUCGGAAGCUUACAACGCAUUAGAAAUAGCUCUGCAGUGGCUGGAAGAUCAAGAAGAAAGUGAUGUGGUACAGCUCCUGUUUUUGAAAAGCCUGAGAGAUUUGGCUGCAAAGAAGAUAGCGAAUUCUCUCAAACAAAAAUAAGAUCGGAACUUUUGGCAGCAAGAAAAGACAAUAAUAAAAACUUGAUUCUUGACAUAGUCCAAUGAUAGAUCUGUUGCUGUUGAUAAUGCACUGUAUGAAUGACUGAAAAAUAAAUCAGUAAGCAUUUCAGUUUGUCUUUCUCACUCAAAGCACUGUAGCUGCUGUAAUGCUCAAAAGCACAGUUUUCUGAACUUUAUUUUAUGAACUCCUAUCUCCUCAAUUAGUUCAUAAAAUCAGGUUCUACUGUAAAUGUGGACACAUGUUCCUGUUAAAAUACAAUGCCCUUGAAAACUAUACAAGGCUCUAUUCCUCUAUUGCCUCUAUUCAAAGCUUGUGGAGGACCAGUGGUCAGGGAUGAUGGGAAUUGUAGUCCCAAAACAUCUGGAGGGCCGAGUUUGCUUGUGCCUGAUCUUACAUCUGUGUUUAAUAAGCCAGAUACGAAGCAGCCUUUUGGUUUUGUACACAACUCCUUUGCUCUCUUGGUUGCACACCUGGAUGCAAAGCAAAGAUUGCUUGCUCACCAUAGUUUCCUGUUUUGCUGAACCAGGAAACUAUGGUGGGCAGUUUCUACACAAGCCAGGAACCUAAAUCAUCAUUUAAAAAGUUGGUUUUUGAAUCAUGGCUUGUUUCACAGCCAGUAACCAUAAUUUCUUGGUUUGGAUGAAACGGGAAACUCUUGAGACUUCCACACGGCAUCCAGACAUUCUGCAAAGCAAGAUACGACUUUUGCGGGCUGCAACUCCAUGUCUCUUGGUCCUCUUGAAUCCUUAGGAAAGAAAUUGUGCAGAAAGAAAUGUGAUGUUUUAAGGCUGAGCUGAAUUAUAUGAUUUCAGAUACUGCAUAAAAUCUGUGUAUCUUCUUCUUCUUUCCACCCCCCCCCCCCCCGUUACCCACAACCCUCAACCAGUAUACAGAAGAUAAAGCUAGGAAAAUGGGAGUAGUUGGCUGGGUUAAAAAUACCAGACAAGGGACGGUUACUGGCCAGGUACAGGGUCCAGAAGAUAAAGUACAGGAGAUGUAAGUACAGUGUUUCCUGAAAUGUGUGCUGUGCUGGCUUCACUAACUUGCAGGAUUGGUUAAAACGCUUCUGCCGAUUAACAAAAUGGUUUGGGGAAAUGAUAUUGAAGCUCUAAACUGGACUUCCUCCAGGUCUUAAAUGAAACAAUUUGCUCACUUGGACUUAUAUUCAACCUUGCGUUAAGUAAGUAGUUUGGUCAAGCCAAGGAUGUCUGUUAGCACAGUGGAGCUCCCCCAGUCCAUGGCACCCCCUGUAUCUGCUCUGGGGAUCCUCUCAACCCUCUGGAUCAGAUUUGGGGAUGGCGAGAAGAGGGAGAAUGUUCCCAUUGUGCUAGUGGUAAUCUGCACACAUGAAACUAUUACGUUGGAUACUGCCCUAGAUGUGUAAAUUACAGAGAUUGGCUCUGUUGUCACUUCCAGAUGACCAGCUUAUUAAGAAUUCACCCUAAUUCAUUUGCAUGAAUGUGUAGAGGAAAUUAGACAACAUUGGCUGUUUAUCGAGCAUUCAUUCUGAUGGGUUUCUUGGGGAGGUUUUCCAGCAUUGCGUCAAAUAAUUAUUACCCCAUACUUUUCAGUGCAUUUCCCUGUCACACUUCUUAUUGCAAAUGUCUGAUUUUAUUUUAUUUUAUUAUUUAUCACAUUUAUAUACCACUUUUAUCUUCCAAAAAUCUCAGGGCAGUGCACAUGAUUCUCUUCCACAUUUCAUCCUCACAAAAACCCUGUGAGGUAGGUUAGGCUAAGAGAUGGUGACUGGGUCAUUUGCUUCAUGGCCGAGUGGGGAUUUGAAGCCUGCUCGCCCAGUGUUGUGCAAGAGCUCCAUAUCUGCCUUAAUUGUACCACCUGGAUUUGCUGGCAUAUGACUGAAUCCCGCCUGAAAAUAGCAAUGGCUUACAAGCGUCCAGAGACAGAACAGUCCCUCGCCAAAUGGUUUCCUAUUAAGGGAACCAGCAAAAUUGCUGCAGCUGUGGCUUCCGUUUAUGGAGGUGACAUGUGACUUCUGAGGACACCCACCUUCCUAAACUAUCUGAAGUGUGCCCAAGCCCUCCAGAAGGAGGGGCUGUUCAUAGAAGACCACCUUAGGGCUUCCAUUUGCUAGCCACUGUUAAGGAUUCCUAUUAAGAGUCCUCCUUCCUUUGAUAUAUGGGACGCGGGUGGCGCUGUGGGUUAAACCACAUAGCCUAGAACUUGCCAAUCAGAAGGACGGCAGUUCGAAUCCCAUGACGGGGUGAGCUCCUGUUGCUCGGUCCCUGCUCCUGCCAACCUAACCGUUCGAAAGCACAUCAGAGUGCAAGUAGAUAAAUAGGUACCGCUCUGGUGGGAAGGUAAACGGCGUUUCCGUGCGCUGCUCUGGUUCGCCAGAAGUGGCUUAGUCAUGCUGGCCACAUGACCCGGAAGCUGUACACCGGCUCCCUCGGCCAAUAAAGCGAAAUGAGCACCACAACCCCAGAGUCGGUCACGACUGGACCUAAUGGUCAGGGGUCCCUUUACCUUUUCCUUUGUUAUAUAGCUGUUUCCAGCUUUCUAAAGCCCAGGAGAUGGGGAUCUGCGGACAACUAGCCCGUGUCUCUUGGCCCCAAGCAAAGGAUGGCAUUCAAGGUGGAGUUGGGGUCUGCUGAGAUCCCUUUUGGUUUGGGAGCUUGCUGAUGACAUCGUAGGCAAGCACAUGUGAUCUUUGAUGAGAAGCUUGGACGCAAUCAGCUCCACACACACCCAUUUGGCCAUACAUCAUCAGUAGCCCCAGUCGUGCCUAUGGGUCAAGCCUAAGCUAUAGGAGUCAGAAGAAACAAUGUGCGGAGCUUUUUCAUUGGAAAAUAUUGCAAAGCUGUUUGAAGAAUGAACUGAAUCUGCACCAUAGGGAGAGCAGGGGUUCCAUAGAGUUCUGAAUUUCAUAGAGUUGUUUUUGCAAAUAGCCUGAUGCUUUCCAGAUAUUUAGACUGCAACUCCCAUCAACCGAGAUACACAUCUGUGUGAUUAUUUUGCAUGAUUUGUCCUGCUGUUUUUACUAUGGAUCAUUGUUUACUUUGGUUGUGAUAAUUAAUCUAGUGGGUCAAGGAACUGUGCUUGGCACAGAAGUUCCAGCCCCGAACACUGACAAUUGUAUUCACACACCCCUCUGACCUCAUUCAUCAGCUGCUGCUCACACUUUUGAACAAAUCUUCAGAAAAUGAGAGAUAGAAACUUGGUGGGUUUUUAUUAAGUUGCACCCCAAACCACAUUCUGAAUUUCUGCAUAUUUAUGGCAUACAUGCAUUCAUUAUAUAGCAGGCAUAGUCAAUAUGGUGUCCUCGAGAGAAUAUUUGACUCCAACUCCCAUCAUCCACAGCCAGCAUGGCCAGUGUUCAGGAGUGGUGGGAGUUGUAGUCCAACAACAUCAAGAUGGUUCUAUAUGGCUAUCCCCAGAGAACAUCCUGGAUGGCCUGGGAUGGAUCCUGAAUAACUUGAGCAGUCCUGCUGGAAGGUGAGGGUGCAGUCCCUUUUGUUGCCGGUUCCUCUUAUAACGGUGUAAAAACAGAACUCCAAACGUGGCCAGGUGCCAAGACAAAAAGGGUGAGGGCAGAGGGUGGAGACUUGUUAGUCUAGUACUUGGAAGGAAGAAGACGAGAGUACUGAGUAAUGCUGGGGAAACGGAAUGCAAUAAAUCAAAGGCAUUCUAAUUCUGUUGUGUAAGGCUGAUUAGAGGCAAUUAGUUUGGUAGAAAUGCUGUGUUUCUGCCAAGAUUGCUGAUCGUUUCGCAUAAUACGUGAUGAGGCUGUUAAUUUAUGUGUUGUUUUGAUUUCGAGAUAGGAAUGUCAUAUAUUUUUUUUGGUCUGGGGACGCAGAUAUAGAGCCAGGGAUACGGUGCUUUAAAAAAAGGUGGCAGAGCAGCUUUUAAACUGAUUGCAUGGGGGAAGUCGAGAGGAGCUGAUUCAGAACAAAUCAUCAGGUUGAGGGGGGAAAUAUUUAUGAUUGUUCAGGUGUGGGUGAGGUAGAACGAGACACUUAGAGGGCAGGAGCACACAGCAGCAAUUCGGAGAGCCAAAGCUCUGUAGGGUAAAAUGCAUGUAUCAAACACAUUUGGAGACAGGCCCUAUUUAUGUGUUGAUGUGCUAAUGCUUGAAACUUCCAAGCCAAGAUGCUUGAGUUCAAGGGUUGGGUCUUAAGAGAAGUCAUAGAUAGAGUGGGCAUAAAGGAAACUUGGUGGAUUGGAGAGAACCAGUAGGACACGGUUAUCUCUGAAUAUAAACUGCAUAGGAAGGGACAGAGAAGGGCAUUCUGGAGGUGCUGUUGCUCUGUAUGUCAAAGAGGAAGUUUGAAACCCCACAGAAUCGCUGUGGGUGGUGAUGCCAGGAUCCAAGAAUAAUUGAGCACUGGAGGAGGCAUGUUGUCCUGGCUGAAACGCUCAGGGUCACCUCGAGAUGGAGAAUGAAAACGAAGAAGCAUCCUAAAGAGGAAAUGCUGGAGUAAUGGUUGAACUUCAGUUCCCUUCAGCAACCCUGGACUUAUAAGUGGCACCCAGAAGCUGAUGCAAGCUGUAGAUGUUGUUAAACCGAUAUUGAGCACAGCGCUAUCUGAUUUAACGGGUAUGUAUAGAAUCGUAACUGUAGAGUUGGAAGGGACCUUGAUGGUUAUCUAGUUCAACCCUCUGCAAUGCAGGAAUGUAAAUGGACAGUUGCCGAGAAAAUGCGAGAAUGUUGAUCUUCUAACAAAAAUACGUACCUUGUCUCAAAGAUCAGCCUCUGAGGACUGGAAAGCGAUUUGGGGGAUCCAGGAACUUAUAGUUUGUUUAGCGUAACACCUGUUUUAGAAAAACUGAUGGGAAGUAUUAUCAAACAUAAAAUUAGAAAGCUUAUGGAUAAACAAGUCUUGCUGAAGCUGAGCUAGCAUAGCUUCUCCAAGGACCUAACUUUCUGAGCUCUAGGUGGAGCUGUUUGAUGGGUAAUGGUAACAUGCACUACACUUCUCAUUGAUGUUCACCUAUUUUUAGCUGCCUCCUGAGACAAUCUCUUCUUUCCCUGCAACAUGGGAUCUUUCCUCCUACUGCGUCUUAAUAGUCCCUGUGUUGCCAAUCAAAAAGGGCCAUUGCUCAGUGGUGGAGCAUCCGCUUUGCUUGCAGGAGUUCCCAGUUUCUUUUUUUUUUUGCAAAUAAUUUUUUUUUAUUAGUUUUAUGAAUAAAUACAGUUAAACGUAUACAAAAUCCAUUACAUAGCUUACGCAAAUCAUAUCCACUCCACCAAUCAUAAGUGUUAUACAAAGUUUUUACAAAUCAUAGAUAUAAUACAGGGUUAUUUUAGGCUCUGCCGAGCCUUGAGCUUCCCUCCACUCCUUUGGUAAGUAUCGAAUAAGUUUUACAGUCACGUAUUUUAUCUCUUUUACCUAAUAAUCACUUGCUGUUAGAGUUAUUCCAACCCCGCCAGUGUCGUCUGAAAAUUGGUUCCCAUAUACUUCAAAAAUUUGUUCCAAUUGUCAUGAAAUUUCUGUUCGUCUUGAUCUCUUAGUCUUCCUGUUAUUCUAGCGAGCUCGGCAUAAUUUAUCACUUUAAUCUGCCAAUCAUUUAUAUUAGGUAUAGCCUCCGUUUUCCAGUUUUGUGCUAACAUAAUUCUUGCGGCUGUUGUGGCAUAUAGAAAUAAGAUCUUAUCUUCUUUUCUGAUUUCUUUACCCGUCAUUCCUAGCAGGAAAGCUUCGGGCUUUUGGGGGAAAGGUAUAUUUAAGGAUUUUUUAAAGUUCAUUAUAGAUCGACUCCCAAAAGCCUUUCACUUUGCUGCAUGACCACCACAUAUGGUAGAAGUCGCCUUCUACCUCUCCGCAUUUCCAGCAUCUUUUAUUUUUCAACCUAUACAUCUUAGCCAGCUUCACUGGCGUGUGGUACCACCUAUAGAUCAUUUUCCACAGAUUUUCUUUUAAUGCCGUACACGCCGUGAACUUCAUAUUGGUAUUCCACAAUUCCAGCCACCUCUCAAAGUUGAUGUUAUAACCAAUGUCUAUCGCCCAUUUAAUCAUAGCCUCCUCCACCUUCUCGUCUUUUGUGUGCCACUCCAGUAGAAUAUCAUAUAUUCUAGACAGUAUUUUAUUCUUACCUUCUAUAACUUCCACAUUAAAUUUGGAUUUUUUAUCUUCAAAUCCUGAUUUCUUUUUAUCUUCCUUUAGCAAAUCAUUUACCUGGUGGUAUUGUAACCACCCUGUAAACGAGUUUUUUAUCUCUUCAUACGGUCUGAGUUUUAUGCCUUGAUCAGUUUUCUGUGUAAGUUCUUCAUAGGUGGCAUUCUUCCCUUCCAUGUUAAUUUUUUUAACAGUUAGUACCUCUAUUGGUGAAAUCCACCAAGGGGUCUUCCUUUCCAAUAGGUUUUUAUUUCUUUCCCAUGCUUGGAGUAAUGGUCCUCUAAAAAUAUGGUUUAGAAAGCCUCUGUGUACUUUCACCUUUUCGUACCACAGGUACGAGUGCCACCCGUACGUGUUAUCAAAACCCUCCAAGUCUAAGAUAUCCCUAUUCUCCAAUCUUAUCCAAUCUUUCAGCCACAGUAUACAUGCCGCUUCAUAGUAUAUACUUAAAUCCGGUAGGGAGAAGCCCCCUCUUUCUUUUUAAUCUACCAGUAUUUUCAUUUUUAUUCGCGGUCUUUUUCCCUGCCAGAUAUACCUCGCCAAGGCUCUUUGCCAUUCUUUACACUGCUUUAACCCUUUAAGUACAGGGAUGGUUUGAAAUAAGAAUAGCAUUCUGGGGAGAACAUUCAUUUUAAUAACCGCUAUCCUCCCCAAGAAGGAUAGUUUCAUUCUCUCCCAGAUUUCUAAAUCUUCCUUAAUAUACUUCCAAGUAGUCUCAUAGUUAUCCUUGUAUAAGUUAAUGUUUUUAGCUGUAAUCCACACUCCAAGGUACUUCACCUUCUUUGCUAUCAUAAUUCCUGUCUUUUGUUCUAAAUCUGCGGUAUCUUCUUUGGUUAAAUUUUUGGUUAGCAUUUUAGUCUUAUUCCUAUUAACUUUAAGGCCUGACACAGCACCGAACUCUUCAAAUUUUUGUAGGGCUUCUUUUACACUGUGUUUUGGAUCUUCUAGUGUUAAUACGAUAUCAUCCGCAUAAGCUUUGAUUUUGUGUUCCUUAGUUCCUACCUUGACUCCUUUAACUUCUGUUGUUUCCCUCAGUUUCUUAGUAAAUACUUCCAAUACUGUUAUAAACAACAGAGGAGACAAGGGGCAUCCUUGUCUAGUCCCUUUGGAUAUAUCAAAAAAUUCUGAUGUAGUAUUAUUUAUUACCAGCUUUGCUUUUUGCUCAUAAUAGAUAGCUUCAAUGCCUUUUCUAAAUCUUUCUCCCAUCCCCAUCAUUUUCAAAUUUUCUGUCAAAAAGCGCCAAGAGACAUUAUCGAAUGCCUUUUCGGCAUCAAUAAAUAUCAAUGCCGCCUGUUUAUCUAUUCUACUUUCCAAGUAUUCAAUGAUGUCAAUCACGUGUCUUACGUUAUCCUUCAAUUGUCUCCCUGGAAGGAAGCCCGUUUGGUCUUUAUGUAUUCUACUAUUUAAUACCUUUUUAAAUCUUUCUGCCAUAACAUCCGCAAACAGUUUAUAGUCAUUAUUUAAUAGCGAAAUCGGCCUGUAAUUCUUCACUUCUAAGAUAUCUGCAUCUUUUUUAGGAAUUAAUGUAAUAUAGGCUUCCUUCCAUGUGUUUGGAAUCCUUCCUUCUUUUAUGGUAUUGUUCAUGACUUCACAUAGAGUUGGACAUAGUUGGUCGCUUAAUACUUUAUAAUAUUUGGCCGGUAAACCAUCCGGCCCUGGCGCUUUUCCAAUUUUCAUUUUGUUUAUUGCCUUCCUUAUCUCAUUUUCUGUAAUCAGCUGAUUUAAUAGCUCUUUUUCUUCCUUUGCAAUCUGUUGUAGAUGGUGUUUUUCCAAAUAACGUUCUAUUUCAUAAUCUGUUUCCUUUCCUCUUUUAUAUAAGUCCUUAUAGUACUUCUGAAAUAUCCUUUUUAUUUCUUUUGGUUCUUCCACUAUCCUUUCUCCCUCUCUUAUCCUGCAGAUCAUAUUUUGUUUUUUCCUUUCUCUUAAUUGCCACGCCAGAUAUUUCCCUAUUUUAUUUGCUGAUUCAAAGCUCUUUUGUUUCAUCAUUUUAAUUCUCCCCUCAAUCUCCUGAUUUACUAUCAUGGUAAAUUGAGCUUGUAGUAUCUUUAGUUCCCAAUUUCAAUCUUUGGGUAAAAAAAGGUAAAGGUAAAGGACUCCUGGAUGGUUAAGUCCAGUCAAAGGCUACUAUAGGGUUGCGGCGCUCAUCUCGCUUUCAGGCCAAGGGAGCCGAUAUUUGUCCACAGACAGUUUUCCAGGUCAUGUGGCCAGCGUGAGUAAACCGCUUCUGGCACAAUGGAACACUGUGACAGGAACCAGAGCGCACGGAAACACCAUUUACCUUCCCGCCACAGUGGUACCUAUUUAUCUACUUGCACUGGUAUGCUUUUGAAAUGCUAGGUUGGCAGGAGCUAGGACAGGGCAAUGGGAGCUCACCCCGUGGUGGGGAUUCGAACCGCCGACCUCCUGAUUGGCAAGCCCAAGAGGCUCAGUGGUUUAGACCACAGCGCCACCCGCAUCCCCUUAUCUCCAGGUGGGAGUAGGAGAGAAGCCGGCCUCAAAUCCUGGAGAAGCUCUGCCACUCAGUGUAGACAGUACUGAGCUAGUUGGACCAAUGGUCUGACCAAGCAGCUUCCUAAGAGAAGCAGCAGUUAUUAGUGCCCCUUUUAUUUUCAUUGAUUAUGGGGAGAUAAUCAUGGUAAAUACAUCACCAAAGCAGAAUGCUGUCACAAGCAAUACAAUGUGCACUUUUCUGCUCCUCCUUUUUCUUAGGGGCAGGGCAUUUCAGAAGGGAUGUCCUUUAUAGAGCGAGGAGAGGAUACUGGACUCUUGCAUCACCAAAAUGCCACCUGUUUCAUGUCCUUUAUUAUUGCUAUUUUUAAGAGUGCACGCCAAGCCAGCACACAGAAAGACACGGCCGUUCUUUAAAGCAUAGCCCACAUUAAUGCAUCCAAAUGCCAAUGGCUUGUCCUUAGAAAAGGGGUGAGGAAAUGUCUCCGUCCCGAGGGCCACAUUCUCUUAUGGGCAACAUUCCGAGAGCCACAUGCCCUUGAGGGCCAGGGGCAAAAUGGGCGGGGCAUUGAAUGCGAACUUCACUUUGGUACAGUAGGUUUGUUUUGACACCCACCCAUCCUUCUCUGUCCUCCAUCCAGGGAAGCAAGAGGCAUGAUAUGAGCUCAAGGAUACAUUCCAGCCCGGCAAAAGUACUUAAGGAGGAUGCAAAGCAGGGAUGGGGAAGGGGCAUAGCUGUCAACCGUCCCUUAUUUGGCGGGAAACUCCCUUAUCCCAGCGCCGUGUCCUGCUGCUGUCCCUUAUUGAUGAUGUCCCUUAAAUUUCCCGAGUUUCAAAGGAAGCAGCUCCUCUCCCUCCCUCCCUGCCGACCAGGGAGGAGGGAGGCUCCAACUGUGUUGCUUGGCUGCGUUGCUCGCCCAGUAAAGAGUCUAAGAAUGACUGGGGGGUGGAGCUUGCAUGCCUUGUGCCGAUCAAAUUGGCCGCGUUGCCUGGGGACUCGCCUUUGCUCAGCGCUUCCCAUCAGAGAGGUGACGGUGGUUUUCCUUGCUGCAUCCCCUUUGCUGGGUUGCUGCGCUGUGGGAACCACCGCUUGAGGCUUCGUUUGGCUGCUGGCUGGGCUUUCUGCCUUUGGCUGGGAGGGGCUCAGAAGUUGAACCUCCCUUUGCUCUGAAAAUCCCUUAUUUUGGCUGCUGAUCCCUUAUUUUCGAGGCUGCUGGUCCCUUAUUUUCAAAUCUGUAAGUUGACAGCUAUGGGAAGGGGUAUGGCUCCGGAGAGUGUGUGACCUGGGGAGAUUCCUUGUUUGGUCCCCAGGCCUGAGGUUCCCCAUCCGUAUCCACAGUCCCCAAAGGCUAAACUGAACAAGCACAUCUGCAGUGAAUGUUGAAAAGGUCAUGGCUGCAGGUGGAACCAUCAGUAGGGCCUGUCCAGCAGAUCUCAAGGCAUGGCAAAUAGCGGAAGAGGUGCUUGUGAUGUUAACAUAUGAGAGUGCUGGAGGUGAAUUAGUUAAACAAGUUAUCCAAUCAGAACCCAGGGGGUGGAGUCAGAGGGAAUAUAAAACCAGCUCUGGGAGGGGCGAAAGGGGAGUUUGUUGGGAGUUGGGUGGUUGGUUGGAAUGGGAGUGAAUUGGGAUAGAGUCUGUGGGUAGGCUGAGUUAGUGUAGUGAAAUAAGCUGAGUCAGGAACAGUUAGGGGCUAGGAAGACAAGUAAAUAUCUGAGAGGUGGUUUAGUGAGUGAGAGCAGGUAGCGGAAGUUAUAGGUCUGGAUAGGUACCCCAUGAUUGUAAUUGACCAAUACCGUUUAUGAAAUUACACGCUUGUUAAACUGCAAUAAAUAAACAGAAGUUUAUGUUCCAAUUUAACCCUGACUGGACUCAGUAUUGUCCCAGGUAGGGCCUGGGUGGUGGCAGCAAGAAAUAAAGUGGUGGCACAGGGAUCAAUAGAUGGUGAAACGUCCGGGGACCCUGUGUGAUCGCCACAGUGCUUACUUAUAUAUACCCUCAUUCUCUUUGAGCUCAGCCCUCACACAGGGAGGUAGAGAGAGAUGCUCAGCUGCUGGUAGGCACCAGCCAUCAAAGUCAUUGAACGAUCGUUCUCUGUGGCACAAUGAGUCGGUGCAUCUGGCUGUUAAACCAGAAGGUUGGUGGUUCAAGCCCACCCAAGGAUGGCUGUGGGCAGGAUUCCUGCAUUGCAAGGGGUUGGACUAGAUGACCCUGGGGUCUACAGUUCUAUGAUUCUGUGAUCCUCUCCAAGGUAUUAGAGCUCACUAAGGAAACCUCUUUAGCUAUUAGACUUUGAGACAUCCUUUCCAUGAAGUUUUAAAAGUCAAUUCAAGUGCUUUGCAGUCUUGGGUCCCCAGACACUGCUAGACUACAACUCCCAUUAUCCUUGACUAUUGGCUAGACUGGUUAAGGAUGAUGGGGUUUGUAGUCCAACAACAGCUAGGGACCUGUGGUUGACGAAACCGAUUUUAUCAUUGUUCAUUUAACUGCUUCAAAAUAUUUCAGGGCAAAAACUGAGAAGACUCCUGUUUGGUUGAUUUUUGCUUUUUGUUUUGGAGAGGCACAAAUGGUGAGGCGUUCAUAGCUGUGCUUUUUGAUCUGUAGUCCAAAAAAGAAGCUGUUCCAAUUGUUGCUAUAGUAACCUGCCAUGAUACGACAGGCCUUCCUUUUUUGGUGCGGAGCUUGUUCCACAUUUACGUUGCAGCAUAAUUCUCAUUUCCAGAGCAGGAGGUAGGAAGCUUGCUGGAGGUGGAGGUAAAUUUAUUUUCCAGAGCAAGGACAACAUGUAAAUUUAGAAGCGAUUGAAAAAGGCUGUUCUUUGUUCCUGCCAGGGGCUAUAAGUAGUAACCGUGUUCCUAAAGGGUAUCAUGGCUGAUGGAAAAUUUGAAGAGGGAGCUGGCAAUUGAUGAAUAUUGCACCUCAGCUGAAUUAACACCAUUGGGAUUUUCAAUAAUAAUUCCAGCAGGGUUGCAAACUGACCAGGAAAGAAAUGGCCUGGCCUGUGCUUUGUCUGCACUCUCUUAGUACCUUGGUCUGAAAAAAGCAGGUGAAGCAUUCAUGCAGAAAAGCAUCACUACCUUCUAAAGCAGGCUUCCUCAACCUCGGCCCUCCGGAUGUUUUGAGACUACAAUUCCCAUCAUCCCUGACCACUGGUCCUGCUAGCUAGGGAUCAUGGGAGUUGUAGGCCAAAAACAUAUGGAGGGCUGAGGUUGAGGAAGCCUGUUCUAAAGUCUGUGGAGCAAGCUGCUGCUAAAGGUACAGGAACAGCAUCCAGGAAAAAAACGUUGGCAAUGCUAGAUUUCUGUUUUGGUCAUGUCCCACUGUACCAGAGCCUUGGAAAGAGAAGGCUUGAAGCUUAAGAAACCAAACCAGCUGCUGAAUGUCUGUCCAGCUACUGUGCCUUUAAUAGCAACUUGAUCCGCAGAUACGGGAAAGUUAUGAUGCUUAUCUGCAAGCCAUGACAAGGUUCACCUGAUGAUUGAUUAAGCCACUGUUAAAGACAGAAGAGAAUAUUCAAGCUUGGUCAGACUAUAGACCCAUCUCAUCAAGCAUCCGGUGUCCAGUUGUGGCCAACCAGAUGUUUUGUGGGAAAUCAUCUGCUGACAAGGCCACAGGCAUGCCCUUCCAUCAGUUGCCCCAUCAGUGAGGCGGAAAAGCACCCACUUCAGCCACCAGUGCUGCACUCCCACAGAGAAACUGGGAGGCUUGGUGUCCAAUCCUGACAUCCAUUGAAAUAUGCAUGUGUUGAAGGGGCUGUGUUCAAUGUGGGAGACACUGAGGCAGUGCACCCUGGGCAAGAAGACUUAUGCAUUGUGUAUUCGAGGGGGGAAUAUAUACGAAGACUUUAUGUGGGCGCCGUAGGAGAUACUGGCAGGCACACUGGCACCAGUGGGCACCACGUUGACAACCUACUGCCCCAAGGCAACCAAUCAGCAUGUAAGGAUGUCUUGCCCUGAAUCUACUGUUCAACCAUUCCAUCGGCUGAUUCCAAAUUCCAGUAAUUUGAUGCAGCAAACGUUCUGGUCGAUGCUUAUCCUUACUGCUUAAUAUGUUGCUUGAGUUGAACUGACUACUGAUCUGUUUCCAGGUUCAGUUCAAGGACCCUGAAAGCCCUGAAUGGAUUUGGAUCAGGCUAUCCAAAUGACCGGGGACGCGGGUGGCGCUGUGGGUUAAACCACAGAGCCUAGGACUUGCCAAUCAGAAGGUUGGCGGUUCGAAUCUCCACGACAGGGUGAGCUCCCGUUGCUCGGUCCCUGCUCCUGCCAACCUAGCAGUUCGAAAGCACGUCAAAGUGCAAGUAGAUAAAUAGGUACCACUCUAGCGGGAAGGUAAACAGCGUUUCCGUGCGCUGCUCUGGUUCGCCAGAAGCAGCUUAGUCAUGCUGGCCACAUGACCCGGAAGCUGUACGCCGGCUCCCUCGGCCAAUAAAGCGAGAUGAGCGCCGCAACCCCAGAGUCGGCCAUGACUGGACCUAAUGGUCAGGGGUCCCUUUACCUUUACCUUAUCCAAAUGACCGUCUCCUUCCCUAUGAUCCUAUGCACCCUUGUAAGAUCUGCUGGGAAAGCACUGUUAUGUGUCCUGAGGACUGUAAAUGACAUUAGAAUGCAAGAAGAAAUUGGAUGAAUGGUGGAGGUUUUCCGGGAGUUUUUUUAAAAGAAAAUUGCAAGUGUGGUUUGGAUCAGGACCUUUGCCCCUGCAGUGCCCUCCUCCCACAGUGGCUGCAUGCUCUUAACCCAGGCAUAGGCAAACUCCGGCCUUCCAGAUGUUUGGGACUACAAUUCUCAUCACCCCUAGCUAACAGGAGCAGUGGUCAGGGAUGAUGGGAAUUGUAGUCCCAAACAUCGGGGGGGCGGAGUUUGCCUAUGCCUGCCUUAACCUGUGCAGUGCAGGAAAGCAAAGCUGACAAUUUUGAGUUCUUCUCUAGAGUUUCAUACAAACCAGCAUCCACACACAGACACACAAUUUCUUUUAGAAUUUUUGCAAGCCCUGGUUGAACCUUCCAUAGGUUCAUUAGUCCCCAGAAUCUCUUGGAUCAAGCAAUAGUCAAUGAUGAAAGAUUUCUUCCUGAGACUGACCCUUAAAGAGCUGCUACCAGCCAGAGUAGACAAUGCUAGCCUAGAUGAACAAAUAGUACCCCCAGGCAAAAGUCAUCUUUCUAUGUUCCCGUUUUCUUAAACUUUGUCUGAUAUUGUUUGCACCCAAUUUGAAGGCCUGUGUACCCAUUUUAAAUGCUGGCAAUUAAAAUAAUCAACAUAUAUUAACGAUUCUCUCCAAAUUCAUGGAAACCAAAUUCCCACGGAGCUGCUGUCCCUCAUUUGUAUGAAUGUGACAAAAUUCUUUCUGCCAGCUGAAGGCUUAAUACAAUCUCUUAAUUAGGAUUUUGCAGACCGUCUCCUUGCAGAAGCUGAAUCAUGACAUUUUCUUGGCUCUUAAAGGUCAUUUUGCAUGGAAAUGCCACAAGCUUUGCUAGCUAGCUAGCAAUUGUAUAUUAGUCCAUCCUCCCCCCCCCACUUUCUAACGCAUUCACAGCAGAGUUGUGGAGUUUAUGCUCUUAGGUGCGCCCCAAAAGCCAUUAUUAACUAUUCCAAAAUCUGUAAUUAACUUCCAUAAUUUUAACGAAUGUUACUUCCAGCUCACCUUCCAUAUUAAUCUUUUUCUACAGCAUCUCACACCCAAUUUUGGACAUACACCUCUUCAGGGAGCAUGUCCAUAUUAAUACUGGCAACAAACAGCCCAAUCUAGCCCAAAGAGUUAUGUCUCGUUGAUUUCCAUGGGAGAAUUAAGCAACUGUUUUAAGGCUGCAGUCCCUGUACCCAGGUACUUUGGUGUAAGCCUUAGAGAACUCAACAGGAGUUACUUCUAUGCACCCUGGCCUACAAGAAGCCCACUUUGCAGCACUCUUUGUAGACAAAGUUGCUUGGAUCCGCUCUGACUUGAGUGCUGUAGUUGAAUCAGGUCCUGUGGAUGUAUCUUGCUGUUGCUUGUCCUGUGAUGAUGAAAGCAUUUCAGUUUGUGGACCCUGAGGAUGUGGGCAGCAUCCUUAGAGAGGCGAGAGCCACCAUGUCUGUAACCUUGCCCAUCCCGUGAGGUAGGUUCGACUGGGAGUCAGUGACAGGCCAAAGCUCACCCGGUGAGCUUCAGGACUGAGCGGAAAUUUGAACCCUGGUCUCCCAGGUCCUAAGUCCAACCCUCUAACCCAGAACUUUCCAAACUUUUCAUGUUGGUGACAUACUUUUUAGACAUGCAUUCUUUCGCGACACAGUAAUUCCGUUGUACUAGCAAACCGGAGGUUCACUUAACCCCUUUCCAGCCCCGGGAGGCGCAUGGGGAGCAUUCGCGCAACACACCUACACCCUGUAGCCGACACACAGUUUGGAAAGCUGUGCUCUAACCACUAUAGAACACUAUCUUUCAUCUCUCUCUCUCUCUCUCUCUCUCUGUGUGUGUGUGUGUGUGUGUUGUGUUUCCCAGAUUCCCCGCAGGCUCCUAUGGAAUGCUCACCUAUCCUUCCCUCUGUUAUGUACUGAGUUGAAUAGGAUCCAAAUUGCAGCAGUCUGAUUGGUCCUGGAACAAUAGGAUUCAGAAUACAGCAGUCUGAUUGGUCCUAGAACAAUAGGAUCCAGAAUGCAGCAGUCUGAUUGGUCCUAGAACAAUAGGAUCCAGAAUGCUGUAGUCUGAUUGGUCCACAGGAGCCACCCAAUCCAACUGCAGGUGGAAGCGAAGCCGCAACCUGAUUGGCCUACAGGAGAAUUCCGGAAUUAGCCAAUCACGUGGGGCCCAUUGUGUAAUAAUGUAUAUAAAGCAGACAUUCUGGGGGAACUUGCAUUCCUCACUACUAUGAGCUGAAUAAAGAGCAUGAAAUCCACACUCGACUCCGAGUAUAUUUCACCUCUCUAUUCAUUUUCAUCCCUGUGCCCUCAGAAGGCCUCCGUUUCAAUCUUUCCACCCCCACCCCCACGUCGCUGGGAGGAUCAGGCGCAGGCUGCCCUGGCAAUGAACUCCCCCCCCCCAUUAUUAUUCCAUCAGUUGUUUUUGGCUCCAGGCUCUCCGUCCCACUCCCUUUGAGAAAGCGCGAAGGAGAAAAGAGGAAAGGAGGAGACUGAUGGCAACAGCACGAAGGAGGCCAGGGAGAAGCACUCAGGAGUCAAGAGCCCGAGCCGCUUGGCAUGCAGAGCGCGCUGGCAGUGUCAGGGCAUGAAUUAAAGCCCACUAUAGUCGAAGGCUCUUCAAUGCACUCGUGCGUUAGUCAGUUUGCUCCCUGUGUCAGCACUUUCCCCAGCUUGGAGUGCCUUUGUGUUCUUUAGCUGAGCUAUAGAAGCUGCCCUUUAAAGGGAAGAACAUGAAAGGGGCCCCAAUACAUCCAUGGCAGCUGCUCUGCAUACAGAAAGCCCUGGUUUAAUCCCUGUCCUCUCCAGAUGAAGUGGGUUUUGGAUAGCCGGGUUACUAAUAAUAAUAAUAAUAAUAAUAAUAAUAAUUUAUUUAUUUAUUUAUACCCCGCCCAUCUGGCUGAGUUUCCCCAGCCACUCUGAGCGGCUCCCAAUCAAGUUUUAAAAACAGUACAGCGUCAAAUAUUAAAAACUUCCCUAAACAGGGCUGCCUUCAGUUGUCUUUUAAAAAUAAAAUAGUUGUUUAUUUCCUUGACAUCUGAAGGGAGGGCAUUCCACAGGGCAGGGGCCACUGCCCAGAAGGCCCUCUGCCUGGUUCCCUGUAACCUCACUUCUUGCAUCGAGGGAACCGCCAGAAUGCCCUCGGUGCUGGACCUCAGUGUCCGGGCUGGAUGAUGGGGGUGGAGACGUUCCUUCCGGUAUACAGGACCGAGGCCGUUUAGGGCUAUUAAAGAUCAGUACCAACACUUUGAAUUGUGCUCGGAAACGUACUGGGAGCCAAUGCAGAUCUCUCAGAACCGGUGUUAUGUGGUCCCGGCGGCCACUCCCAGUCACCAGUCUAGCUGCCGCAUUCUGGAUUAAUUGCAGUUUCCGGGUCACCUUCAAAGGUAGCCCCACGUAGAGCGCGUUGCAGUAGUCCAAGCGGGAGAUAACUAGAGCAUGCACCACUCUGGCAAGACAGUCUGCGGGCAGGUAGGGUCUCAGCCUGCGUACCAGGUGGAGCUGGUAGACAGCUGCCCUGGAUACAGAAUUGACCUGCGCCUCCAUGGACAGCAGUGAGCCCAAAAUGACUCCCAGGCUGCGCACCUGGUCCUUCAGGGGCACAGUUACCCCAUUCAGGACCAGGGAAUCCCCCACACCCGCCCGCCCCCUGUCCCCCCAAAACAGUACUUCAACCUCAAUCUGUUAGCCGCCAUCCAUCCUCCAAGCGCCUCCAGGCACUCACACAGGACCUUCACCACCUUCAAAUGCUGUCUGUGCAGUAGCAAGGAAAAAUGAAGCCGUUUGGACCCGUGGUCUUGUUUAGGGGAUGGACGAAUCCUAUCAAUUUUCGUUUUGCCUAAGUGGCUCAUUAUUCCAGCCUUUAAUUCAGUUUGCAACAUUCCCUCGCUCCCUCCCCUUUACGCCUUCCCUCCCACAUAAGUUGAAUAUCUAUGUCUGAUCUUAAGCUUAAGCGCUCUCAACAGAAAUGGACAUGCUACUUAGAGGAAGAAUUGCAUUUCCCCAGCAGCAAAGUCUUUGCAUCCAGCGGAAAUGCUGUUCCCCUUGCACCAUGGGCACUUCCUGUAGAGGAGACACCUGGAAGCUGCACAACAAAUCACUAACCACACAUUUACUGAAAAAAGAAUGAAUGAUCAGAUGACCGGGAAACUAAUUAGGAAACUGAUUCACAAGACUGUGAAUUUAAUUAUUUUCUAACAUUUAUAUCUCACGUGGCAUGGAACCCAAGUCAGUAUCCAGGCACUGACCAAAUCCUGACCUGCUUAGCUCCAGGAAAGUGAUGGCCUCACGUGUCUUCAGAUUAUACUCUGUUUCUGCAGUUACCAAGAUCCAAAGAUCUACAUUAGACACAUUUAUGGACUUGGGCUCACUGAGUGUGUAUUUUUUUUUUUAUUGGGAAAGACUACAACAUCAUAUCUAAAUAUGCUUUUCAAAUUUCCCCAACAGUCUUCUUCUUUGGCGAUCACUCAUAGCCAAGUAAGAUUGUCUUCCAUAAACACAGUUUUAACAGUGAGUCCGUAAGUGACUAUGGAGGCCAAUUCUGGAUCCACAUGUCCUUCCACAGUGGAGACAUUGGUUUCUGGGUGGGAGUUCAUCACGGUGUGGAUUUGCCAAGCGUGCCUUCCUCUUAGCACGUUUCUCCCUUCCAUCCUGGGUUCGAGUGUCUUCAAAGCCCAUGACACUUUUGGUAAAGGCUGUUCUUCAAUUGGAAUGCUUGCAGGCCAGUGUUUCCCAAUUGUUGGUGUUAAUACUACUUUUUUUUUUAGAUUUGCCUUGAGACAGUCCUUAAACCUCUUGAUGACCACCAGCAUUAUGCUUUCCAUUUUUAAGUUUGGAAUAGAGUAGUUGCGUUGGAAGACGAUAAUCAGGCAUCCGCACAACAUGACCUGUCCAAUGAAGUUGAUGUUAAAGAAUCAUUGCUUCAACACUGGUGAUCUUUGCUUCUUCCAGUACACUGGCAUUAGUUCACCUGUCUUCCCAAGUGUUGUGUAAAACUUUUCGGAGACACCAUUGAUGGAAUCUUUCGAGGAGUUGGAGAUGGCGUUUAUAAGUGGUCCACAUUUCACAAGCAUACAGUAAGGUUGGUAGUACAAUAGCUUUGUAAACAAGCAUUUUGGUUUCCCAGCGAACGUCCCAGUCCUCAAACACUCUGCACUUCAAUUGGGAGAAAGCUGCACCCACAGAGCUCAGGUGAUGCUGGAUUUCAGAUGUGGAAGCCAUCAUACUGGGCUGGAAAGAACAUUACCAACAUCUCCUUAACCACAACUCCCCAACAGUGGUUUGUGAGGAAAGCUGCUUCUUCCAAAAACUGAAGUCCAAGUUCUUCCGUGAACAAAGGGUGUACCAUUUUUCAAUGUUUGCCAGUAUUCCAAGAGUGGGGAAAUCCAGCUCACCCACUUCCAGCAUGGAGCGCUCAACAAAUUAUCCCCCCGAGGGAAGGCUGCCCUGGACGAGUGAAAAAGAAAGGUCUCCCACUCCCAAGUUCACAAUUCGUACUGAAAAGUACAAACCAUGCUAAACCCUUGAUUUCAUAUGUGGGGAAUGUUCACUCGUUAAUUUCUUUUGUUCCCUAAGCAGUCAUCCUUGGUGAAGAGGAAGCGAAUGUUUUAUCUUACAUGUGUCCAAUGGCUUCUUUCCAGUGAGUUGGCUUCAGUUCUCAGGCAGGUCUGAAAAUCCUCACUUCCUGUGCUCUCUGCUUUCCGAGCCACCAGGACAAUUUUCCUAGAAUCGUUACCUCUGGGAAAUGAAACAGAGCCUUCCUUAGAUUGGCAAGCGAUGGAGGGUGGAGCAAAUUCUUUUCAAAUGUCCUCUUCUAAGAAAGCGAAACUCUCAGGGACUUCAAGUUGUGCCAACUGGGAUUAAUUGUCUGGAUGAUUUACAGUGUGAGGUGGAGUUCCUAUCAGUAAGGGUCCACUCCUUGAACAGGGUGGGCCUCUAGCUGUCUGUUCUACCCUAAAAAAAAGAAAGAAAGAAACAAUGAGAGAGUUUUUGGACUUAAAAUUUCUGGAAGAAAUCCUGAAACAAUUCACUUUCUGCAAUGAAGUCCUUCGUAUUAUUGCUUCAUUGUCCAUUCUUCCUCUUAGAGUCAAAGUCAGGCUUAUGUAUAUACCAGAUCUUCCACAAAUAAUAUUUGUACUCAGAGUGGCUUGCAGAAAAUAAAAGAUGGCGUCCAACUCCCCCCUACUGUCAGUGCAAGGAAUUUUGCCUGUGCAAUAAGACUUCCUCCCUUCUCCUCCUUGUGUGCAUGCACUGUGCCUUUUCCAAAUCUGCUCCGGGGGGUCGGAGUAAUCUCCCAAACAGAUUUAAGGGGUGAAAUGUACUCGGAGUCGAGUGUGGAUUUCGUGCUCUUUAUUCAGCUCAUAGUAGCGAGGAAUGAAAGUUCCCCCAAAAUAUCUGCUUUAUAUUCAUUAUUUACACAAUGGGCCACACGUGAUUGGCUAAUUCCGGGAUUUCUCCUGUAGGCCAAUCAGGUUGCAGAUUCACUUCCACCUGGAGCUGGAUUGGGUGGCUCCUGGGGACCAAUCAUACUGCUGCAUUGUUCUAGGACCAAUCAGACUGCUGCAUUCUGAAUCCUAUUGUUCUAGGACCAACCAGACUGCUGCAUUUUGGAUCCUAUUCAACUCAGUACAUAACAAGGAUUAUGCAGUAGGAAAAGAGGGAAGAAAGACCCAUUAUGGUAGCAUAAAUCCUUCCACUGAUGGGAAGCUUACUUUGCACUAUACAGUGGUACCUUGGUUUAAGAACUUAAUUCGUUCUGGAGGUCCGUUCUUAACCUGAAACUGUUCUUAACCUGAGGUACCACUUUAGCUAAUGGGGCCUCCCGCUGCCACCCCACCGCCGCCGCAUGAUUUCUGUUCUCGUCCUGAAGCAAAGUUCUUAACCCGAGGUACUAUUUCUGGGUUAGCGGAGUCUGUAACCUGAAGCAUCUGUAACCCGAAGCAUCUGUAACCUGAGAUACCACUGUAGUUCAUAAACAGGGCUGUUCGUAAACCGAGGCACCACUGUAUGUGCUUAGAAGUAACACUAUUAUACAUGAAAAUAUAAUAUUAUUUUAAAAACAGCUUUAAAAUGGUUUUUUUGUAUUAUUCAAUAAGUCAUAGGUACAGUACAACAACAAUGCAUACCGGGGUAAAGCGUUCGGAAAAAAGCAGACCUUAGUGAAAAUAAUGUAGAAAAGUGCAUUAUAUAUUAGGGAGAACCAGUGCUAUCGUAGCACCCACCUGACAGGUACCGGAACUCAGUUCUGAUGAGUUCCAGCUAAAUAAAAAAGCCCUGAGGAGAACUGUUUUGCAAAGUAAACAAGCACGUUAGGCAAAAUUCCAUACAAAAAUGUGUAUGUAAGGAAAAAAAUUGUAGUUAAUUGAUGAAUUUCCACGAGUAAUUAAGAAAAAGCAAAUUGAUGAGGAGAACUGAACUUAAGUGUGGGGAAAGGAGAUAUGGGAAGGAACCAAAAUCGACAGAAUCAUCCAUCCCUACUAUACAUCCAUAUUUUGUUUAUUUUUAGUACAGCUCAUUGAUUUAAAGAUUGCAGUUCAGUCCCCAGCUCUUCAAAAGAAGCUAGGGUCAGCACAAGAUACAUUUCUGCUUGAGGGAAAGAGCAAGUUGGUGCCCCCCUCCAGUCCAGAAAAAUACUGGACUGAUAUUGGAAUCUUACCUCAGUAAUGGCAGUCAGGUAGCCAAAUCUGAGGGCAACAGCUUGGGAUGGGUGGGUUAUGGGAGGUAUUGUUUUUUUGCUAAUACGUUAUGUAUUUUGUUUUUAUUCUGCAUUUUUGUGUUUUAAACUGGUGACCUUCAGAUGAAAGGUAGUAUAUUAAAUGAAUGAAUGAAUGAGGGGUGCAGGACAGACCAUGUAACAUAAACACAUCUCUGUCCAACAAUAGGGCAUGACUUAAGUGGUUAAGAUACCUGAAAGCGGCCCUGUUUAGGGAAGUUUUAAAUGUUUGAUCAUGUUUUUACUAUUCUUCUGGGAGCCACCUAGAGUAGCUGGGGAAACCCAGCCAGAUGGGUGGGGUAUAAAUAAGAAAAUUAUUACUAUUAUUAUUACUAUUGUUGCUGUUAAGUAGGAACACCUGGGAGACUAUCCCUGCUGCCUCCCAGCAUUUGCCGCCUGAGGCAGUUGCCUCACUUUGCCUGGUGCUAGGGCCGGCCCCAUAAAUAGAAUUGUAGAAUCAUUCAUCAGAGGAUUACUUACAUGAUUUGCACACGCUAAUUGCUUUGACUGAAGGGGAUCCAGUUCUUUUCACCUCAGACUGCAACUGCUCACAUGCCCUAUAAAUCAACCUUUCCAAUAAAAGCCACUGUCAGUGUGAAUAACACUGGCCUUUAGGGCACCAUAAAACAUGUCACACUAUCUAAAAAGAUACGGAUUCUUUUCUGUUAGGUUCCUUCUGGGGAUGCAGGUAGGAGCAGGACGAAAUCCUUUGUAUUCCUGCCCAACUUGUAUAUGAAAGUUUGCACGUGUGGUGUUGCAGAUAAAGAUGACAGCCAAGGCCUAAGCAUUCAUGAUAAAUAUUUAGCACUGUUAACAGUGCUAUUUGUGGCUUCUGCCAAAUGAUAAAAGAAUGGCAUUAGAAUCCAUUGUGCUUUGCUUUCUCCAUUUUAUCCUCACGCCAACCCUGUAAGGUAGGUUAGGCAGAGAGAUACCAAAUGGCUCAAGGUCACUCAGUAGGCUGAGUGGGGAUUUGAACACUCGCCUCCCCAGGUCUUCCACAUCAUAUCCCAUCACCCCAACCGCUGCACCACAGUAAUAAAAUUAAGCAUUUCUUCUGUGCUAGAUCAGCUGGUGUUAAUUGAUCUCCAUAUUGCAUUUGCUAUGCUUCUAGAUGCCCAUCAACCAAGUUCCCUGAAUGGUCUGCAACAAUCAAUUAAACAGGCAAAUCCAAUCCAAUCAUUAAAACUUUAUUAGUGCAACAAAUAACAACAAUAACAACAACAUAGAACCUAACAUAAAACAACAUGAAAUUUAAGUGUAAUGACAUCAGCUGUCUGUUCACAUCUGCCUUUGAGAGAGGGAGAUGAAUUUCAAGGAAGGAAGGAAGCUGGGCAACCAUAAAAUUAAUAUAGUGGCUAAGAAGGAGGCUUGGACUGUGACAGGCUUGCCAAAGUGAGAUCUUGGAGAAGAUGUGAUUUGCACAGCUCCAUUUAUUAGCCACUACUGUUUGUGGUGGGUGGCGCUGUGGUCUAAACCACUGAGCCUAGGGCUUGCCGAUCAGAAGGUUGGCGGUUCGAAUCCACGUGACGGGGUGAGCUCCUGUUGCUCGGUCCCUGCUCCUGCCAACCUAGCAGUUCAAAAGCACAUCAAAGUGCAAGUAGAUAAAUAAGUACUGCUCCGGCGGGAAGGUAAAUGGCGUUUCCGUGCGCUGCUCUGGUUCGCCAGAAGCGGCUUAGUCAUGCUGGCCACAUGACCCGGAAAAACUGUCUGCGGACAAACGUUGGCUCCCUCGGCCAGUAAAGCGAGAUAAGUGCCGCAACCCCAAAGUCGUUUGCGACUGGACUUAACUGUCUGGGGUCCUUUACCUUUACCUUUUUACUGUUUGCUAGCAGAUCUUCCAGGUUCACACUGUUUAAAGAUGGUCAGUGAACAGCAACCAUGUCCCCAGAUAUAAAGGGAAAGGAAUACCAUCACUAGGUAUUUGUAAUCGUCCACCAUUAGAUAAACAUCUACCUUGGCUGGGGCUGUCAUUCAAAACAUCUGGAGGGCGCUAGGUUGGCAAAGUUUGGAUAUAUAUUAUCGCACCAGAAGUAGUGAUGGCCACCAUCUUGGGAUGGCUUUCAAAAAGGAUUAGUGUGGUGUAGUGAUUAGGAGCGGUGGAUUCGUAAUCUGGGGAACCGGGUUUGCGUCUCCGCUCCUCCACAUGCAGCUGCUGGGUGACCUUGGGCUAGUCACACUUCUCUGAAGUCUCUCAGCCUCACUCACCUCACAGAGUGUUUGUUGUGGGGGAGGAAGGGAAAGGAGAAUGUUAGCCGCUUUGGGACUCCUUAGGGUAGUGAUAAAGCGGGAUAUCAAAUCCAAACUCCUCUUCUUCUUCUUCUUGCGGAUAGGGCUACCAGCCACCACGACUGUGUUUUCCCUCUUCUGUUGGAGUCAGUGUGGUUCUGAAAACCAGUUGCUGGGGGCGUAGCUGGGAAGAGUACUAUGGUGCUUGUGGGCUUCCCACGGACAUCUGAUUGGCCACUGUGUGAAAAGGACGGCGAAGCAGAUGGGCUGUUGACCUGACUUUGCUGGCGAGAGGGAGACGGUGUAGUAUUGUGGCUAGGACAUUUAUCCUUCCGCUUCCAAUGUGUUAUCUCUGACAUUCCGAGUUAACAACUUCUCUCGGAAGUUAGCAUUUAAAGGGCACGGCUGUAAAUAGCAGCUCGGUCUUCAGUGGGUGGGCAUGUUACUCAUCCGUACCAGGGAACUCCCAAACCCAUCUGUGAAAGCGUCAGCUGCAAGCAGCUUCCUUUCUCAGAUCAUCCUUAUUCUUUCCUCUAGCAUUUGAAGAAGUGUUUGACAUCUGCCCUCCCUAGGAGAAUGCAUAUUCUUGCAACACGUAAUCUUGGGGGAUUCCUGGUUUUUCACUGGUUCCUCAUUCUGUCGGUUCACAAGUCUUGUUGUUUAGUCAUUUAGUUGUGUCCGACUCUUCGUGACCCCAUGGACCAGAGCACGCCAGGCACUCCUGUCUUCCACUGCCUCUCACAGUUUGGUCAGACUCAUGCUGGUAGCUUCGAGAACACUGUCCAACCAUCUCGUCCUCUGUCGUCCCCUUCUCCUUGUGCCCUCCAUCUUUCCCAACAUCAGGGUCUUUUCCAGGGAGUCUUCUCUUCUCAUGAGGCGGCCAAAGUAUUGGAGCCUCAGCUUCACGAUCUGUCCUUCCAGUGAGCACUCAGGGCUGAUUUCCUUCAGAAUGGAGAGGUUUGGUCUUCUUGCAGUCCAUGGGACUCUCAAGAGUCUCCUCCAGAACCAUAAUUCAAAAGCAUCAAUUCUUCGGUGAUCAGCCUUCUUUAUGGUCCAGCUCUCACUUCCAUACAUCACUACUGGGAAAACCAUAGCUUUAACUAUACGGACCUUUGUUGGCAAGGUGAUGUCUCUGCUUUUUAAGAUGCUGUCUUAGCCUGCUGAUAAUGCAAAUAUUAUAUCAUUCAGCUUUUGCUACGAAAGCAUGCAUAAUCCCAGCAGCAGAGAGAAGUUCAUCCAAGGACGGUUGACGUUACACAAAGUCAGCAUCAAACCAAGUGUCAUAAUUGGUGUUCUUAGCAGUCAGAACCGAUAGGUAGCUUGAUGGGAGAUGCAAUAAGUGGAGAGUUACUCACCUCAAAAGCUGUGUGUUACCUCCUCUGUCAGAGACAGUAUGUCUCUGUGUACAAGUUGUUGGGGAUCGCAAUUGGAGAGAGUGAUCUCAUGCUCAGAUAUAAGCUUUCAAGUUGGUUGGUCACUGUGAGAGCAGAGUACUGGACGAGGUGAGUUCGACCUAAUUCAGCUGGGUUCUUCAUGCAUUCUUAUGCUUAUGGGAGGAAAAACAUGGUGUACAAUCUAAUGCUCAUUGCUGGAGCUAGGCAAACAUAGCUUGGAAACAGCAGUAAAAUUAAUUGCUUGUCCUCAGAACGCUGAAAUAUUUUUUUCUCUCAGGCCUCGGUCUCCAUCUUAGUCCGCCCACAGGCCUCCUGUUUCCCAUUACUAUUGUCAAUUUCACAUUUAGCUAUGGGAAUGAAAGCCACACGCCGUAGUAAACAUCCUUUUAAAAUCACACAGCCAGUUCCUGUAAUUUCAUGGCUCUUAAGGCUGAGGAUCAUUCUUAUAUAGAUAGUUUCUCUCUCUAUUUAAAGGUGAGACAGAUUUAUGGAUGAUUCAAAAAGGUAUUAGGAACAGGCAAAUCUGCCGAUUUUGGUUUCAGUCAGUUCCUCAUUUUUCCAAUCUAAAAUCCAGAUUUUUACAUCAGGGCGUGACUCCCCUCUCCCAAGUCCUUAUGAAAAUUCAUCAACAUUUUAGUAUUAAUUUCUCCUACUGUGCACAUUCGUAUGUCACUUCCCUUAAACCCCCCUAAUAUAAUGAGUUUUUUGUAUGUUUUCUCUAAUAUAUGCCUUUUUGUGCAUGCUUUAUUCUAGCAUAUGCAUUUUGGUACACAUAACUUGGCCCAAGAACUGCAUUACAAAAUUCAGAGAAGUGUGAAUUUCAAAGUAUGGCUGUGUUUUUGUUCUUCUGCUGUUCCAGAAAGUGUGAAUUAGGUAGAUUUGCCUUAAUUGUCAACUGAAUCAAAUUUUUCCCCAUCACUGAUAGUUAUUAGCCCCAAUAGUUACAUGGAACAAAGCACAUGGAAAAACCUGCAUGGGCCCUGACCUGACUGAGAGCCUGGAAGGGUUGGGGCCUCCUGGUCCUGUAUUGGUUCCCAGCCUGAACUUCUACCAUUGCUGAAACAAUAGUUCUCUUCCUGACUCCAAACUCCAGCCUUCCUUUCUGGCCUGGGAAUAGGAAGGGCAAUGAUAACGAAGGAUGAAUGUGAGCCAGUUAAUUUAUUUAGAUGUUAUUGUGUUUGGGGGACUUCAUUAUAUGAGAUAGACAUAUACAGAACACGAUGUAACAUACAACAUGGUCCCGAGAAAUGAAAAGUCAACCCCUGCAGAUCUAUAACUCCUGAUUUGUAUAAUAACUCCUGCCGUACAAAUAAUAGAAUUGUAGAGUUGGAAGGGACCUCAAGCGUCAUCUAGUAGAACCCUCUACAACUCAGGAAUCACAGCUAACACAUCCAUGAUGGAUGGCCAUCCAACCUCUGCUUUGAAACCUCCAAGGAAGGCGAGCCCACAAGCUCCUGUGGGAGACUGUUCCACUGUUGAACAGCUCUUACUAUCAGAAAGUUCUUCCUGAUGUCUAGUUGUAAUCUCCUUUCUUGUUACUUGAAGCCAUUGAUUCAAGUCCUACUCUCGAGAGCAGGAGAAAACAAGCAUGCUCCAUCUUCCAUGUGACAGCCCUUGAGAUAGUCAGAGAUGGCAAUCAUAUCACAUCACAGUCUCCUUUUUUCCAGGCAAAAUAUACCCACCUCCUUCAACCUUUCCUCAUAAGGCUUGAUUUCCAGAUCCUUGAUAAACUUGGUUGCCCUCUUCUGUACACGUUCCAGCUUGUGAAUAUCCUUCUUAAAUUGUGGUGCCCAGAAUUGGACACAGUACUCCAGGCGUGGUCUGACCAAGGCAGAAUGUUGUUGUUGUUGUUGUUGUUGUUUAGUCGUUUAGUCGUGUCCGACUCUUCGUGACCCCAUGGACCAGAGCACACCAGGCACUCCUGUCUUCCACUGCCUCCCGCAGUUUGGUCAAAUUCCUGCUGGUAGCUUCGAGAACACCAUCCAACCAUCUCAUCCUCUGUCGUCCCCUUCUCCUUGUGCCCUCCAUCUUUCCCAACAUCAGGGUCUUUUCCAGGGAGUCUUUUCUUCUCAUGAGGUGGCCAAAGUAUUGGAGCCUCAGCUUCACGAUCUGUCCUUCCAGUGAGCACUCAGGGCUGAUUUCCUUAAGAAUGGAGAGGUUUGAUCUUCUUGCAGUCCAUGGGACUCUCAAGAGUCUCCUCCAGCACCAUAAUUCAAAAGCAUCAAUUCUUAGGCGAUCAGCCUUCUUUAUGGUCCAGCUCUCACUUCCAAGGCAGAAUAGAGUGUUACUAUUACUUCCCUUGCUCUGGACAUUAUUAUUAAUAAUAAUAAUAAUAAUAAUAAUUUUAUACCCCAGCCACUUUGGAUGGCUUACAGCACAUAAAAAAUUGUAAAAGAUAAAAAAUUUCCUGAUACAGGGUUGCCUUCAGAUGUCUUCUAGUCAGAAAUUUUUAUAUUUCCUUGAUAUCUGAUGGGAGGGCGUUCCACAGGGCGGGCGCCACUACCGAGAAGGCCCUCUGCCUGGUUCCCUGCAACCUCGCUUCUCGCAGUGAGGGAAUCGCCAGAAGGCCCUCGGAGCUGGACCCCAGUGUCUGGGCUGAACGAUGGGGGUGGAGAUGCUCCUUCAGGUACACUGGGCCGAGGCCGUUUAGAGCUUUAAAGGUCAGCACCAACACUUUGAAUUGUGCUCAGAAACGUACUGGGAGCCAAUGUAGGUCUUCCGGUGCCAGUGUUCUAUGAUCUUGGUGGCCAACCCUAGUCACCAGUCUAGCUGCCACAUUCUGGAUUAGUUGUAGUUGAUGCAGCCUAGAGUAGCAUUAGCUUUUUUUGCUGCUGUAUCACAAUGUUGACUCAUGUUAAGUUUGUGGUCCACAAGGACCUAUGGUGCCACCUCAUACUGUAGAUAUUCAUGGUCGUUUGGCUUCAAAAAGGAGAUUGUAGAGCUGGGAAAACUUCAGGAAAAAAGGCAACCCAAAUGUUCAAGGGGGUGGAGCAGCUCCCCCACGAGAAAAGAUUGCAGCAUUUGGGACUUUGUAAAAAGGCAAGGAAAAGGCGACAUGAUAGAAGUUUAUGAAAUGAUGUGCCUUGAAUGGAGAAAUUGGAUAGAAAACAGUCCUCACCCCACCCCCAAAUCACCAGAACUUGUGGUGGGCAUCCAACGAAGCUGAAUUUUGGAAGAUUCAGGACAGAGAAAAGGAAAUACUUUUUCACACAGCUUAUAGUUAAAUUACAGACGUCGCUGCCAGAGGAAGCUGCGACGGCUGCCAACUCAGAUGGCUUUAAAUGAGGAUUGGACAAAUUAAUAGAAGAUAAGGCUCGCGGGUGGCGCUGUGGGUUAAACCACAGAGCCUACGACUUGCCGAUCAGAAGGUCGGCGGUUCGAAUCCCCGCGACGGGGUGAGCUCCCAUUGUUCGGUCCCAGCUUCUGCCAACCUAGCAGUUCAAAAGCACAAAGUGCAAGUAGAUAAAUAGGUACCACUCCGGCAGGAAGGUAAAUGGCGUUUCCGCGCACUGCUCUGGUUUGCCAGAAGCGGCUUAGUCAUGCUGGCCACAUGACCCGGAAGCUGUCUGUGGACAAAUGCCGUCUCCCUCAGCCAAUAAAGCGAGAUGAGCGCCGCAACCCCAGAGUCGGUCACGACUGGACCCAAUGGUCAGGGGUCCCUUUACCUUUAAGGCUGUCCAUAUACUGCAACCUUGAGGGCUCUGUUCUACCUCCACUGCUGUAGGCACCUUGCCUCUGAAUAUCAGAUGUUGGAAAUGUCAUGUGUUGUUUCAGUUAGGUUCUGCUUGCAGGCUUACCAUUGGCAUCUAGUUGGCCACUGCAAACUAUAUGGGCAUUUUGGCGUGAUAAAGCAGACCUCCUCUUCCUUUUUCUGUUAGGCUUCCUUUGGCGAUGGAUAUAGCCUUUACAACGCCACUUUGGAUGCAGUGACACGAGUCACUGCCAAAACUACCAUAGCUAAUGCAGAUUUAUGGGCUCGAGACAGUGCUCUCACUCAGUUCCCCUUAGGACACUCCAGUCCUACCAGCUUAAAUGUCUGCUGGGGAAUAGCUAACAAAGAGGCUCACUUAAAGCUGCCGGAGCCUCUACCCGCCCCACUCCCCCCCCUUCCACUGCCCCUCCGACACAAAGGCACUCAAGAGUGCAUGGGAGUUAUUUAGAUAAUAAAUGGCUUGUAGCUUCAUUGCAAAGAAGAGGGACAGUGUGUUCGGAGUGAAGAUUCUUGGGGAGGGCUCUGGAGUAAUGGUGUGAAAGAAGAAAGGAACACACACACAACAAAUGGAAGGCGCCAAAUUAUUAAUCGUUAUUGAUCAGGCGUUAAGUGGCAGCUUGGCGUGUGAUUCAAGAGACAAAGAGAGCACGGGCUAUUUAACAAAUAGAUGUUAUCUGGCCAUUGCAAGGGUGGGCAGAGGGAGGAGUGUGUGGUAAUUAGCAGCAUGCAGCCAGGCAUCAACAGGCUCUACAAGGCUUGUAGCCAGGGUGGGGCCAGUGGAUGUGAAGCAUUGCUUCACCCACCCCACCUAUGCCAGGAAGACUUCAGCAUUGUGAGGUCUACUUUGUUGUCGUUGUUUUCUCAAGCCACAAGAGCCGCCAAACAGCCAGGCACAAAAGACAUGCAAUUAGACAUCUGCACACAUCCAAACCUACCCAAACUCUGAGAUCAGCUCCAGAGCUUCCUGUUUCAUGGCCCAUCACUAGCAAGGGUACUAGGCCCAGGAUUUAUUUUGUUGUUGGCACCACAGUUGUGGAAUUCUCCACCCGGAUUGAUCCUUCAAGCCCCCUCUCUUUGCACAUUUAGACUACAGUGGAACCUCAGUUGUCGAAUGUAAUCCAUUCCAGAAGACCGUUCGACUUCCAAAACGUUAGACAACCAAGGCGCAAUUGCUGGUCAGCAAAAUCCAUUGAAAAAAUUGAGAAAUGUGCCUCGGAAGCCGUUUGAUUUCUGAAAAUUGUUUGAAAACGGAAGCAUUCACUUCCGGGUUGUUGGCAUUAGGGUUCCAAAUUGUUCAGCUUCCAAAGCGUUCGACAGCCGAGUUUCCACUGUACCAAUGAAUGCAUUUGUUGCAGAAGCAUCAGAGAAUUGUAUAGUUGGAAGGGGCCACAAGGAAAAUAAUAAUCUACUCACUGGAUUGAGUUCCAUUCCAGACAUGGGUCAAAUAAACAAACAGUGGCAGUCUCUGCUCCUAUUUCCAUUCUCAUCAGAAUUCUCCAACAGCCCUACCCACAAUAACAGGCAGCAUAAAGAGAGUCAGAGCUGACAGGUCUAUGAGUAGAUUUCCCCCCCGUUUGUUUUUUAAGGCAGCAGCAUAAAUGCAUAAAACAGUUAUUUAUGCCAAUGUUGGUAAGGGUCAUAAAAAUGCAUAGGAAGUCUGCCUAUAAAAGUUAUCCAAAAAAAACAACAACCCCAAGAAGCGCCAACCCAGAUAUCGGUUGCUGUUAAUCAGGGUUCAGAUUUUUCAGCAUGGAAACAAAUUAUGAUGGUGAAGGUGCAGAUAAUUUUAUCAAGCAGCAGCCUGACUUCAUGUGAAUCCACAGGAGCAAACUUGUAUUUUGAAACAGUUCUUGUUGUGUUGUGUCACUGUCACCUGAGUAGAAGUAAUCUUGGGAGAUUUCCACAUCCCCAGGAUUUGAUCCACUGAUGGAAUCAGAUGUAAAUAAAGCACCCGAUAUACAUUUCAAAUGUGUGUGGUAGGGCUACGACACCCAAUGCUAUCUCAGCAGGUCAUAACUGAGGAAAGUUCAAGGUCUCUUAUAGUUCUCCUUGGCCAUAAAAGCCAGUGCGUUGUAGGGAACAUGUUCUUUGCUUGCAUGUAGCAAGCCCAGAAUCAAACUCCUGCUUUGAGUAAUCUUCUAUUGAGCAGGGUCAGUCCAAGACAUUUGGCAGCCUGGGGCAAAGGAGAAGGUGAUGCUCCCCUAAAGUCCAUCCAUGUUCAAAGGCUAACUAAACUUGCAGGUGACUCAGUGGAGGCUGGUGCUCAUUGGCAUUGGUAGGGCAGAAGUCAAAGAGGUCAAUUGCAGGUGGAGCCAACUCUUUCUGGUUUUGUCCCCAUCCUCCUGUUAGGAUUUUACAUAACCAAUGCUGGUUAGUGUGAUUAGUAUAAAUCACAUGAGAUGUCUGAGAAGAGUGUGGGAACGGAAGACUAUCUUAUCUCUUCCGUCUGAGAGUGUUAUUGGACUGUACUUUUGCUUUUGCGGUGUGCUUUCUAUUUCUGCCAGAGUUUGGAGAACACAGACGUGAUUAUGGACUCUCUGUAUAUAUUGUGAAUAAAAUGUAGUUUAGAUCUAUGGAUGUCUCUAUCUUCUUGCUGUGUGAUGCCAGAAGACCUGUGUGCACUUUUCAUAUGAGAAGUGUCUCAGAGGGGCACUCUGGAGUGAAGGGACAUUGCCAUUCCAGAGACGAGCCUACUGGGAGACGUUCGGAGGUACUGGGGUUCUGCCGUCCCCUCCAGGAGCUUUUGCCAACACCUCCCUGAUGAGUUCUACAAAGUCAACAUGGAGGAGGCUAACAGGCAGUGCUCUGCCUCUAGGCUGGUUGUAAGUAAGGAGAGAGGCUGGGAAUGAGUGCUGACUGGGGGUCAACAGCAUUGCUUCCACAUAGCAGCUGCUGGAAACCCCAGGAGGCAAGAGUGUUCUUGUGCCUGAAUCCUGCUUUGCUGGUUUCCCAUGGACAUCUGGUUGGCCGCAGGAUGCUGGACCAGAAGGGCCUUUGACCUGAUCCAACAGGCAGUUCAGGUUCUCCAUUGCACCUGAGGUUAGCAGGUAGGCUACAAUCAGUUCAUUGACCUCGGCUGCUACCAAUAAACCUCCCCACCCGCCCCACUACACAAGAAAGCUUCAGCAAGAAGCAGCUGCUUUCAAUGUGCCAAAGAGCCUGUUGGAUAUUCAAUCAGCCGCUGAAUGGCUGUACCAGUGGGGUGGAUCCAAGCUGUUUCUCCCAGGCUCUGAGGUAUGGAGACAGUGGGGAGGGAUCACAUCAUUUCCCCCUGCUCUGUCACUGCAUGAAGACUCAUUCUUUUUCACGUCGUAGCCAGCUUGGAUCCUUUCUCUCCCAGGAGAGGAAAAGGGAAGGUUAAAUGCUAUAAGUAAACAUAGGACAGAAAAUGCUAGGAGCUUGAAGCAGCCCCUGAUAAUAUAAAGCAGAAGUACUUGCCUUGAUCUCUGCUUCUGAACUAUUUUCUUUUUACAUUAAAAAGGGCAGGUUUUCUAGUAUGUAUCACAUAAAACUUAAUAGUUCUAUAUUCCUACACUAGAUGUCACUGUAUCAGCAUAGACUGCUGGAUGAUAACAGACUUCAUAUUCUAGAUCCUUCUUUCGUCCAUUGGGUUGAUUUUCGGUUCCUCCCCUUCAUAUUGGUUUGGGGCUUCUGAAGAGCCUUGCGGAGUGAAGACCAAGCAUGAGUCUUUGAUUUGAAGCUCAUCUGUGACCAACAUCACCAUUUUCUGCACAUUACUUGCCUGGGCCAGCUGCAAUUGAGUGCUUCAAGUUUCAGCAUGUUCUUGAGGGAUCUGCCUCUUUGGCUGUGUGGACUUACAGAGUGCUUGGACCAAGUGAAUGGGAUGGUGCAUCAUUCUAUUUCAAACAGGGGCUGAAUGUGCCCCCCUCCUCUGGCCUUUAUCUGGCCCCCAGCACUCUCCCCAGGCCAUAAUUUGUUGUUGUUGUUUAGUCAUUUAGUCGUGUCCAACUCUUUGUGACCCCAUGGACCAGAGCACGCCAGGCACUCCUGUCUUCCACUGCCUCCCGCAGUUUGGUCAGACUCAUGUUUGCAGCUUCAAGAACAUUGUCCAACCAUCUCGUCCUCUGUCGUCCCCUUCUCCUUGUGCCCUCCAUCUUUCCCAACAUCAGGGUCUUUUCCAGGGAGUCUUCUCUUCUCAUGAGGCAGCCAACGUAUUGGAGCCUCAGCUUCAGGAUCUGUCCUUCCAGUGAGCACUCAGGGCUGAUUUCCUUCCAAAUGGAGAGGUUUGAUCUUCUUGCAGUCCAUGGGACUCUCAAGAGUCUCCUCCAGCACCAUAAUUCAAAAGCAUCAAUUCUUCGGCGAUCAGCCUUCUUUAUGGUCCAGCUCUCACUUCCAUACAUCACUACUGGGAAAACCAUAGCUUUAACUAUACAGACAUUUGUUGGCAAGGUGAUGUCUCUGCUUUUUAAGAUGCUGUCUAGGUUUGACAUUGCUUUCCUCCCAAGAAGCAGGCGUAUUUUAAUUUUGUGACUGCUGUCACCAUCUGCAGUGAUCAUGUAGCCCAAGAAAGUAAAAUCUCUCACUGCCUCCAUUUCUUCCCCUUCUAUUUGCCAGGAGGUGAUGGGCCCAGUGGCCAUGAUCUUAGUUUUUGAUGUUGAGCUUCAGACCAUAUUUUGCGCUCUCCUCUUUCACCCUCAUUAAAAGGUUCUUUAAUUCCUCCUCACUUUCUGCCAUCAAGGUUGUGUCAUCUGCAUAUCUGAGGUUGUUGAUAUUUCUUUCGACAAUCUUAAUUCCGGCUUGGCAUUCAUCCAGCCCAGCCUUUCGCAACUCAAGGCCAUAAUACCUCUUCCAAAUCAUGCCCCUCUCUAGCCCUGCCCUUUGUCCUCCUCAGGCCUGUUUGUUUGGCUGGAAUAUGUCCUUGAAGAAGGAAAUCCCUUUAAGUCCGUGAACCGAGGAACUGCUGUUUGCAGCAAGGAGGCGAAUGGGGGGGGGGGUCAUAGGAGAGACUUCAAUCUUCUCACCAUCUACAGCUACCCCCUUCCUCCUGCUAGCCUUGCACCUGCUGAGCCUCUCACCACUAGGCAAGCCAGACCCAGCAGCUGAGAGCAGCAGUAGUCUUGUGACCUCUGCACCUCCAGCCAAUGUACGUCUUCUGGCUGUAGCUACAAAGCAGAGAUGGGGCCCUCACCACUACAGUCGUUGAGUGGCUGAUUGAAUAUCCAACAGGCUCUAUGGCACAUUAAAAGAAUAUAUCACGGAUCAAUGUGGAAACAAGACAGAUUAGAUUUAGGGAUGAACACAUGCACAGCUGGCAGGGACAGAAAAUAGACUGAACGGUCCAUUCCUACUUUCACCUGAACAUGCAGAGGAUUCUUAUUCACACAUAUGUUAAGGGGAUGGAAGCGUUAAUUAAAAGGGAAAGAAUGGCAUGGAACACACCCAGAUUUUCAAGCAACCACUUUUAUUGAAACCCAACAAACGUGGCAAUGAUGCUUAUUGCCAUUGGCUGCAUCAGGCACCCCCAAACUCGGUCCUCCAGAUGUUUUGGGACUACAACUCCCACCAUCCUUAGUUAACAGGACCAGUGGUCAGGGAUGAUGGGAAUUGUAGUCCCCAAAGCAGCUGGAGGGCUGAGUUUGGGAAUGCCUGGGCUACAUAGUCUAGGUGUAGGGAACCUUUGGUUCUCCAGAUGUUGCUGAACUACAACUCCCUUCAGCCCUAGCAAGUAUGGCCAAUGGCAACCCCUAGAGGGCAACAAUUCAGCAAUAUUUGGAGGGCUGGAUCCCUACACCUGAUAUAGAUUCCCUGAAGCAGGGUGCAUGGUUUUAAGUUAGUAAGGGUCAGGGGUGGGGGAACAUGGAUAGUCUACAGGUCAAAUGAGGUCAUGGGCCUCUUCCAGAGGCCACUUCUGGGGGCAGAGGCAAAAGUGGGCAGGGCAACAGAUGUGAGCCUCCUCUUUGUACGGUAGGCAUAUUCUAGCCUUGCAAAAGCCAGAUGUUUCUGCACAUGUAGCUCUGGGGAAGGCGGAAGAGGGGCUACCCCAGCAGUUCUCUCAAGCUGUUGAUGGUCCAUUAAGUGUGUUCCUUGGCCUGAACUUCCAGGCAUCCCCAUCCCUGUUCUAGGUGAUUUAGGUGUUUCCCAGCCUUGGGUCUCCAGCUGUUUUUGGACCACAACUCCAAUCAUCCCUACUUAGCAAGGCCAGUGGUCAGGGAUGAUUGGAAUUGUAGUUCUAAAACAGCUGGAGACCAAAGGUGGGGAAACUCUGAUUAGGUUGUCCAGGUGCUGAACAAUGGCAUAUUCAUUGGUUUUGGCCAUCCCCGUCAGUCACCAGGCUUUGCUAUGUACAUGACUAUGGAGAUGAAUGCCUUGUCUAUAGGACCUUUUCAUUUUUCAAAUCUGAAAUUUACUCUAGAAUAUGCUUCUUUGAUUGUACACAAUGCGUGGCUGGAGAACAGCCUUGCGAAAUCUGGAGCAGUGCAAAUUUUGACAGGUAGCUGGAGAUGGGUUUCAGGUUCCGUAUUGUUUCAGAGUGCAAAUUAGGCAGGCUUGCCUUUCAAUGCAAACUUAAUCAAAUAUCUCCACUCACCUUCCCUCCUAGAGAAAAAACCCAUCUCUCCAUUUUGAGAGCAGCUUUUGCACUCUAAGCUUGUACAGUUCUCUGCUCCUGCACAAUCUUUGAACAUGUGCAAAAGCCGAGCAGGAGAAUGACAGACUACAGCUCUAUGCUGUAACAACUACCUCUUUUCCUCUGUAUCUCUUGGCACAUGUGUAAAGACUUUUGGUGGAAAGAAAGAGAGGAGAAUGUGAUUUGCCACAUCUUUCUGUGCGUGCCAAAAUUCUGUCCGAUUCCCAGACGUGUCUGGGAAAAUCUGGACGUACGGCAACCCUAACAUAGGAACCUUGUAUGCCUAAACUGUGGGGUCAUAUUUCAAUUUAUUUUUAUUUAUUUUUUUGUCCAAACGACAGGUUGAAAGAGGCAUGAUAGUUUCCAGAGCGUCUCUUGAUUCUUUCAAGGACUUGCCACUCAGCCACCUGCCAGUUUUCUCCUCCUACCUUCUCUCUGUGUUUUUUUUUUUUUUAAUUCCAAAACAUUAGCAGCCUCUAGCAAUCACCUUAUCAAGGUUUUCCAUUAUCUGUAGGCACUGGAAUGCCUGGAAUCCAUCGCUGGACUCCACAAGCCCUUCACCACAGUUGGCCUUACUUUACUUGCUUCUCAAAUUUAGUUGACUUCCAGUUGUGUUCUGUUACCCUAGGGAUUCAUGCCAUGAAGCCAGGAAUGAGUGCUAUUUAAAUACUAGUGACAAGUGAGUUGCUAAUUCCUGAUAUUUUUGUUGCAUGGCUCAGUGUUCAGUAUUCGGCAGUCAACUUCGUGUGCAAACAGUGCCUGCGUCAUUACCGCAUAGGGAGAUAAUUCCUUGUUUUGGCGUUUUGUAUUGCGGUGGGGCUGCUGCUUAUCCUUUCCUUUGCUCUGGGGUCUAAGCUAAGGUUACCAGAUUUUUUUCAGUGAAUCCGGGGACACUUCAAUCAAUCAAUCAAUCAAUCAAUCAAUCAAUCAAUCAAAUACUACACGUUCAGGACGUUGAUGCUGCAGCAAUGGCGGUGGCAGAGGGGCGGCCGCCGCCUUGACCUCAACCACCACAUUUCCCCUUCCUUCGAGGCUUCUAUCUCCUUUCUCCAUGAGCCUGGGCAGCCCCUGAGUUCUUGGUUCUUUGGUGGUGGUAGGGAAGCAGUGUGCAGUGCGUCAGGCAUGGAAGGCGGAGAAGGAGGGCCAAGAGUGGCAGCGGCGGUGAGGCUUGGGCACUGCGAUGCCUCCCUUCCCAUCAGAGCAGCCCCAAUCCCAUGCCUACUUGCGUGCAAGCAGGAGGGGGCAGGGAUCCCUCAGCUGGGAAGGGAGGCUUCCCGUUGCCUAACUGAGAGAUCCCUGCCCCCUCCUGCUUGCACACAAGCUCUGAUAGGCAGCGUGAAGCCUCCCUUCACAGCUGAGAGAUCCCUGCCCCGCUCCUGCUUGCACGCUAGUAGGAGUUGGGAGGCUGCUCCGAUAGCCAGCAUAAAGCCUCCCUUCACAGCUUAGUUGCUGGGGUCAGGGAAGGUGGAGACAGCCCGGAAGCUGCAUCUUAGAGCCCCUGCACCACCAUCAUAUGGGGACUUCCGAGCAGCUCCUGAAGCCAGCCAGAGCCAACUGCUCCGGGCUGCUGAAACUGCCGCUGCUGUGUUUCCUGGGGACAUUAGAUGAAAUCUGGGGACAUUCCGGGGAUGGAAUUUGCCCGGGGACUUAUUUGCAAAUCCGGGGACUGUCCCCGGGAAACGGGGACAUCUGGUAACCCUAGUCUAAGCACAUCCCCACUUGCAUCAAACAAUGCAUCCAGCCGGUUCACUGGAACCCAGAUGAGUAUUGUAAUAGAGGGGCAAAUGCACUUCUAGAUGCAAACUUACACCCAUAAUAGCUGCAUGUGUAGAAGGACAUUCUUCCUUCUUCAAUGCAGCAAUUGUGUUCUAUUGAUGUUUCCUUACCUUUGCUUCCCAAAAAUAUUGUUGUCAGUGCUCCCCCCCCAAUGUUUAGGGGUAUUUUCCUACUCAUAUUGAAGUACUGCCCCUCAAUGAGGCCAAACUUAGAUUCAAAAAAUGUUUAGGGGUACCCCUGCGUCCUCCCAGAAAAAAGCACUGAUUGUUGUUAUUAUUCAUUUAACUAUUUAUUAAAUCUGCGUCCGAAGAACUUUGGGGCGGUUCACAGCAUAAAAAUACAAAAAAUACAAAAAUAAAAACAUGAAAUACAUAAUAAGAACAAGAACAGAACAACCCCAUAACCCCCACUCCUACAAAAAAGGACACAGAAUAUUAAUCAGCCAAAGGCCUGGGCUGAAGAGGAAUGUUUUUACCUAAAGCUGUAUCAUGAACUCACCAGUGAGCCUCCUUAGGGAAAGCUUUGCACAAACCGGGAGCCCCCACAGAAAAGGCCCAUCCGCAUGUUGCCACCCUCCCAACCUCAUGUAGAGGGGACACACAACAAAGGAUCUCAGAAGAUGAUUGCAGGGCCCAGGUUGGUUCAUAUAGGGAGAGGCAGCCCUUGAGCUGUUAAAAUCUUUAUUGGUCAAUGCCAGCACUUUGAAUUGGGCCCAGACACUAACUGGCAGCCAGUGCAGUCAGGCCGGAAUCGGUGUAAUACAGUGGUACCUCUGGUUACAUACGCUUCAGGUUACAGACUCCGCUAAUCCAGAAAUAGUACCUCGGGUUAAGAUCUUUGCUUCAGGAUGAGAACAGAAAUCGUGCAGCGGCGGCGCAGCAGCAGCAGCAGGAGGCCCCAUUAGCUAAAGUGGUGCUACAGGUUAAGAACAGUUUCAGGUUAAGAACAGACCUCUGGAACGAAUUAAGUACGUAACCAGAGGUAACACUGUAUGUUCAAACCUUCUUGCCCUGGUGAGCAACCUGGCCACCGGUUUCUGCACCAGCUGAAUUUUCUGAAGCAUCUUCAGAGGCAGCCGCGGGUAUAAUGUGUUGCAGUAAUCUACCAGACCAUAGACAACGGAAGUGAGGCUAUCCCUGUCCAGAUAGGGGCGUAGCUGGGCCACCAGCCAAAGCUGAUGGUAAGCACUCUGUGCCACUGAGACCACCUGACCCUCAAGCGACAGCAAAGGAUCCAGGAGUAACCCCCAAGCUACGUACCUGCUCCUUCAGAUGGAGUGUAACCCCAUCAAGAGCAGGCAAGCUCCCACCCAUCUGGUCCAGGGAACUGCCCACUAGCAGUGCCUCAAUCUUAUCAGGAUUGAGCCUCAGUUUGUGAGCUCUCAUGCAGUCCAUUACUGAGCCAAGCAAUAGUCCAGCACAUCCCCUGCCUCACCUUCAGAUGUAGAGGAGAAGGAGAGCUCCAUGUCAUCAGCAUAUUGCUGACAAUGUACUUCAAAACUCUGGAUAACGCCACUCGGUGGUUUCGUGUAGAUGUUAAACAGCAUAGGGGAUAACAUCAAUGAAAUAUACUCUGAGUCGAGAGUGGAUUUCAUGCUCUUUAUUCAGCUCAAUGGUGAGGAGGAAUGAAAGUUUCCCCAAAAUACAGUGGUACCUCAGGUUAAGUACUUAAUUCGUUCCGGAGGUCUGUACUUAACCUGAAACUGUUCUUAACCUGAAGCACCACUUUAGCUAAUGGGGCCUCCUGCUGCUGCCGCGCUGCCAGAGCCCGAUUUCUGUUCUCAUCCUGAAGCAAAGUUCUUAACCUGAAGCACUAUUUCUGGGUUAGCGGAGUCUUUAACCUGAAGCGUAUGUAACCUGAGGUACCAUUGUAUCUGCUUUAUAUACAUUAUUUAUACAAUGGGCUGCACAUGAUUGGCUAAUUCCGGGAUUCUCCUGUAGGCCAAUCAGGUUGUGGAUUCACUUCCACCUGGGGCUGGAUUGGGUGGCUCCUGCGGACCAAUCAGACUGCUGCAUUGUUCUAGGACCAAUCAGACUGCUGCAUUCUGGACCCUAUUCAACUCAGUACAUAACAAUCAAAUCCUGAGGAACCCCACACUGAAGGCUCCAUGGGGCUGAAGAGCACUCCCUAAGCAUCGCCCUCUGGAAAUGACCAUCCAAGUAGGACCGGAACCACUGCAAAGUAGGGCCACCCACCCCUAACUCAGCCCAGUGGCGUAGCAUGGGUUGUCAGCACCCGGGGCAAGGCAAGUAAUUUGCGCCCCCUAAACCGUGGAUUUUAGUAGGGGCAGAGAGCUGCGAGUGCGAGCGCACGCCCCCGCGAUGUUGCGCCCGGUGCGGCCAGCCCCCCCUGCACCCCCCACGCUACGCCACUGACUCAGCCAAUAGUAUCAAAAGCCACUGAGAGGUCAAGGAGAAUUGACAAGGACACAUUUCCCCUGUCUCUCCUGACUGAGGUCACCAUACAAGGCGAGGAGUGGUGAGAAGUUCCAGGGGCCAAAAGUCGUCGAGAAAGCGCUAAUGACUCAGGUGGUAUUUGUUCAUGGAUGCACAAGCAGAACAUAAACAGAGGCAAACAGGAUUCCCACCUCCCGCAAGCAUCAGAUUCCCAGAAAACUGUUUGUACAGAACUCCAAGGCUAUGCUUCUGGGGUGAUUCCACACUAGGUUUUUCAGUUAAUUUGCAUGUUUGUUUUAUUCAGUUUACAUUCCAUGUUUGAGUAUUGCAUAGUAAGUGCAAAUCAGGUAAAGGUAAAGAGACCCCUGACCAUUAGGUCCAGUCAUGGCCGACUCUGGGGUUGCAGCGCUCACCUUGCUUUAUUGGCCGAGGGAGCCGGCGUACAGCUUCCGGGUCAUGUGGCCAGCAUGACUAAGCCGCUUCUGGCAAAUCAGAGCAGCGCACGGAAACGCCGUUUACCUUACCGCUGGAGUGGUACCUAUUUAUCUACUUGCACUUUUGACGUGCUUCCGAACUGCUAGGUUGGCAGGAGCAGGGACCGAGCAACGGGAGCUCACCCCGUCACGGGGAUUCGAACUGCCGACCUUCUGAUUGGCAAGUCCUAGGUUCUGUGGUUUAACCCACAGCGCCACCUGUGUCCCUGCAAAUCAGGUAGGUUCACAUAAAAAAUGUGAAUUGACCCGAGUUCCCACCCGCCUCCCUAGCUGCAAGCCGUGGAUUUUCACCCAAAUGUUCACCAGCUUGCCACAUAGUUCUGGCCCCAGAUUCACGUGCGCUUAUUUUGCUUGUGGAGCGCAUGGAUGGACUGCGGUGCGUACGUGUGUUCCUUUCCUCUGCAAGAUGUAUCUCUCCUUCCUGGAAUAUCUUUUUACGUAAUCGCUCGGCGCUUCCGUCCCAAGGACCAAUAGCUCUGGGCAAAGUGAUGCCUUCGGAGUACUUAACAAGUUUCAGACCUAACGAAUCCGAACACUUAAGAGAGCCCAAGGGACGCUGCUCUUGACAGUCUUAUGGGUGCCCUGAGCUAACCUUGCAAAGGCGUCAGGGGGAAGGCGGAUGCGCGUGUAAAAAGGGUCAGAACUGAAAGCUUUUUGCCUUGACAGUUUUAGAUGAAUGAGGACUUUCAGUCCGAGAUGCGUUCCCCUUCCUCCCUGCCACCUUGAGUGCUGUUCAGAGGAGCACCAGCAUGAAACAAUAGCACUUCAGAGGACCUCCAGAGAAUCCUCUUAAGUAUGCUCUGCUAUUCCUUUCCGGCACCGCAGCGGCCAUUUCUUCUAUCAGACGCGGGAGGGCGAAUGAGGGCGUAAGGUCCCCUCACGUGCAAAGUAAGUAAAUUGAACUGGGAGUGCGGGGAGAGGUCUGCUUAUCCAAUGAAAAAAAUGCACAGAGCUGCCCUGGCCAUGGGAAUAAAUGGGAAAGCCUGUUCAUAUAGCAGCUGUAUGUGCCCACUAGAGCAUCAUGUGUCCCAGGUGUGGCGCAACGGAUUGAGCACAACAGUCCACUUCCACAUUCAGUUCUUCAUUUCAUUGGGCAUACCAUGUUACUUUAGAAGUGAGAGGAGGUGUCUCGCUCCAGGAACAGAGUAGAAGCUCUGUUCAGUCCACAACUGAAGGUGGAUCCAUCUAUUUCGCUCUUCCCGACGUGUAGAAAAACACAUAUCUUGGGGGAAUGUGUAUGAUAAUCAUAUAUUUGUGAAAAUAACGUACAGAAAUGAUUAAUAUUGGGCAAAGUUGUCUGUCUUCUGCUUGAAGACCUCCACUGAGCAAGAGCCUAUCAUUCCUUUAGCUAACUGGACCCAAGGUCAAACUGCUGUUACUAUGAAGAGGUUUCUCCUAACAUUCAGCUGAAAUGAAAGCAAAUGUAAAGGUAAAGGGACCCCUCACCAUUAGGUCCAGUCGUGACCAACUCUGGGGUUGCGGCGCUCAUCUCGCUUUAUUGGCCGAGGAGCCGGCGUACAGCUUCCGGGUCAUGUGGCCAGCAUGACUAAGCCGCUUCUGGCGAAACCAGAGCAGCGCACGGAAACGCCGUUUACCUUCCUGCCGGAGCAAUACCUAUUUAUCUACUUGCACUUUGCUGUGCUUUCGAACUGCUAGGUUGGCAGGAGCAGGGACCGAGUAAUGGGAGCUCACCCUGUCGUGGGGAUUCGAACCGCCAACCUUCUGAUCUGCAAGUCCUAGGCUCUUGGGUUUAAACCACAGCGCCACCAACGUCCCGAAAACAAAUGUAGUAAAUAAUUUAAAAAGGACAUUCUUUGCACUGUAAAAAUGAUCAUUUAGAAAGGAGAUUUGAUCAGGCAUACUUCCAAGCUUUUUUCUCUACAACCUUAAGGUCUGGAAAUUUGUGUCUUUUUCAACAAAAAAGAAAACUGGGAUCCUAAGGCUGCCAAAUUCUGCACUGUUUACCAGAUGCCGGACUUGUGUUGUCAUUCCAUAGAUGCAAAUAAUAGUCACAUGUCUGAUUUAAGGCACUGUACUGUGCAAGGGGUCACCUUAUGCACGGGUUACGUAGGUGCUGUUUUUAUGGAGACCAAAGAUCAGCUGGCUGCAUUCUGACAUGCAUUCCUUCUCCUGCUGCUGCCUGCCCUUUUUCCUUCCCUGCCUGGUGAGCAUACAGCCUUUCAUUCAUUCAAAGGUCUAGCUUUAAAAGCCAGAUCCGAAGCUGCUUCUUUUAAAUUCCAGGACAGCCAGAGUAACCUUUGAUUCCACACUUCAGUUUUCAAAUGGAAAGACUGCAGGAAGAAGCAGACAAAGGGGGAAAGGGCAGAAACAGACAAACAGAGUGAUAAAGGUGGGGUUAGAGAGCCUCCUCUUUUGCUACAUUCCACAAGUCCUAAAUAUUUCCAAUUUUUCAUAGUUUUCUGUCCCAAGAGCUGCAAAGUGAUAUAUUUUUUUUAAUAAACCUGGGCUUGCCUUGAUUCAAUAAAAACUAUAGAUGCAUGCAGUUAAAAGUAAAAAAGUAAAAAAUUCUUUGCUUUAAAUCUCUCUCUACUUCCUGGUGCAUUUAAAAAUAUAUUACUUCUAACCGCUUUAGAGAAAAGUAGGAAAGUAGUAUCUAUUAAUAUUUAAUUGAAUCAGAUCCUUCCAACUCCCUGCUGCAACCACGUGAUUUGCCUUUGUCUUGAUAAAGAAGAGUGCUUCCUUUUCACCGCCAUAUACAUAUUUGAUUUCUUUGUGCACAUAGCUAGAUCUAAGCCCAGUUGCCUUACUUAAACUGCGGAUGAGGAACCUUAGAUGUCCCUCCCCACGUGUGGUUUACGAAUGUCAGGAAUCCACUCCCUAGGAUCGGAAAUGUCUCUAAAUUAACUCUCCAAGGGUGCGCUAGCAAAUCCUAUGAUCUGAUUGCUUGCACAUUUCCCAGGUAAAGUGCUGUCUGCCAGGACAGCUGAGGCAGCUAUGUAUUAUUUAAACAUUGACUGAGGAGGAAGGGGAACACACCAUCAUGCAUUAAUCAGGAUCAUGCGUAUGAAUUUGCUUAUUGCCAAGAGAGCUUUGAUAGGCGCAAGGAGCCCCCGAACAGUGGGACAGAGGAAGAUCCCUGCUGGGUCAGACAAAAGGCCUAUCCGGUCCAGCAUCGUGGAACUUUAGAGUUGGAAGGGAUCAUGAGGGUCAUCUAGUCCAACCCCCUGCAAUGCAGGAAUCAUUUGCCCAGCAUGGGGCUCGAACCCACAACCCCAGGAUUAAAAGUCUCAUGCUCUACCAACUGAGCAUGUUCCCCGCCAUGGCCAAGCAGAUGCUUCUGGGAAGUCCACAACCAGGACACCACAUCAGUCUCCCUCUCCCAUUGUUGUUCUUCAGCACCUGGUCUUCAGGCUUGUUCCUUCUGGAGGUAAUAUACAGCCAUAAUUGCUAUAAGUCAUAAAUAGCCUCAUUCCCUGAUCCAAAACACUCACCCACAUGAAAACAAAGACCACCACAGCCAACCACAAAUGAACAACCACACCCUAGGCCAACCCCAACCUCUCUCAUCACCAAAGGAACACAAGUGAACAGCAAAGAACCUGCACAAGCAACGCUGACACCAAACCCUACAUACAUUAAGCAAAAUAGAAACAUCGCCACCCGACCCCACCCAACUUCCCCCCCCCUCCACCUCUUUCCCCCUUUUCUUCCCAAAUGAAACUGAUUUGCAAAAAUGUUACAUGGAAAAAUAUAUACAGUGGUACCUCGGGAUACAUAUGCUUCAGGUUACAUACGCUUCAGGUUACAGAUUCCGCUAACCCAGAAAUAGUGCUUCAGGUUAAGAACUUUGCUUCAGGAUAAAAACAGAAAUUGUGCUCCGGCGGCGCGGCAGCAGCAGGAGGCCCCAUUAGCUAAAGUGGUGCUUCAGGUUGCAAACAGUUUCAGGUUAACAACGGACCUUUGGAAUGACUUAAGUACUUAACCUGAAGUAUCACUGUAUAUACGAGAGAGAGACAUUGCACACACUUUUGUAAAUCAAUAAAAUCUUUAAUUAAAAAAAAAUAAAUAGCCUCAUUCUGCAUGAAUCUGUCCGGUCCCCAUUUAAAACCACCUGAGCUAGUGGCUGUGGCCACACCUUUCAUUAGCAAUUUUUUUACUUUCACUAUCCAUGACAUGUGUGGUGUGACAUCAUCAUCAUCAUCAUCAUCAUCAUCAUCAUAUUUUUUUAUUAUACCCCGCCCUCCCCAGCCAAGGCCGGGCUCAGAGCGGCUUACAAGCAAUAAUAAAAACAAGAUGAAUGAUUACAACUUAAAAACAAAAAAAAAUUACAACAUUAAAAUAAUGGAACAUUAAAAUAUUAAAAUGUAGCGUCAUCGCAGGAGGAGAAGGAAAAGAAAAAAGAAAGAGAGGGAGGGAGGGAGGGAAUCAAAUUGGCUCCAAGCCAAAGGCCAGGCGGAACAACUCUGUCUUACAGGCCCUGCGGAAAGAAAUCAGAUCCUGCAGGGCCCUGGUCUCAUGAGGCAGAGAGUUCCACCAGGCCGGAGCCAGUGUUGGAAAGGCCCUGGCUCUGGUUGAGGCUAAUCUAACUUCCAUCAUGAUGUCACGUGGCCUCAGAACCUGGUGGCACCGGAAGUCAGGUUCCGAGGUCUUGCAAGGCCUCGGACGUGACUUCCAGUGCUUUGUGAGGCAUCACAAGUUGCAUAGGGGCCCCGUGGUGUAGGUGCUGAGCACCCACAACAAAAAUUUUGUGGGUGCUUGGGGCCCUGGGGGUCCCUAGAGAUGGUGUCCGCACACUGUGUGAAGGACUUCCUUUUCCUGUCCUCGUCAGCUGCAUUAGAUGGCCACAGGCUCUCGUUUCAAGAGAGCGAAACUUCUCUCCAUACAGCUUGUCUUCAGAACAUAGCUUCCCCAUUCAUCCCAGUGGAGCCCAUUGAUCUUCUGAGCAUUCAAAUCAGGUCUGCCCAAUGAAUGAUGAAGUGCAUGCUCACAUGAGCUCUCUGUACCCAUCAGGAUACGCACAUUGCAGUGGGUCAUUGUGUGGUGUGUGUCUGUUUUGAAGUAUGAGCCCAAGCACAUGUCAGUUUCUGAUCUCAGCUCUAGCUGCAGAUACAUCAGAGGAACCCCAGGAAAUGAUGCAUCUUCUCCAGCAGGGACAUAUGAUGGACCAUAAGAACAACACUGAUCUGGCAGUACGGAGGCAAUCAAAUAUCAACCAGAUUGGUAGCCAAGCCGCAACGCUGGCAGGUUAUCCUUCUGCAGGUAGAGUCAGAAGCCCCUUGUGUUACCUCCAACAUUUAUUCUGUGAAAAUAGGGACAUCCGGUGGCGCUGUGGAUUAAACCACAGAGCCUAGGACUUUGCGAUCAGAAGGUUGGCGGUUCAAAUCCCCACAACGGGGUGAGCUCCCAUUGCUCGGUCCCUGCUCCUGCCAACCUAGCAGUUCGAAAGCAUGUCAAAGUGCAAGUAGAUAAAUAGGUACCACUCCGGCGGGAAGGUAAACAGCACUUCCAUGCGCUGCUCUGGUUCGCCAGAAGCAGCUUAGUCAUGCUGGCCACAUGACCCGGAAGCUGUACGCCGGCUCCCUCGGCCAGUAAAGCGAGAUGAGCGCCGCAACCCCAGAGUCGGCCGCGACUGGACCUAAUGGUCAGGGGUCCCUUUACCUUUACCUUUAAGGAAAAGCGGGACAUUCCAGAAUUAAAUCAGAAACUGUAAAUCUGGGAUUGUCCCUGGAAAAUAGGGACACGUGGAUGGUUUCUCUGCCUACAAUAACACAUUCUGGCAAUUUGCAGUGGUGACACUGAAGCCCAGCAGAGUGCAAUCCUGACAGGCAACCAUAGUGGUACAGAGUUCAAGGCAUAUGGGUCCUCCUGGCAGAGUCCAAGUUCAAGACCUACAGCAUCUUAUCACCUGGCCUCCAAGCAGGUGCUCCACUGAUACAGGACAUUUCCACAUGAGCCACUGUGGGGGGAAAUGGCAAGCACAGCUCUCCCAUAAUGUUUGAUUCAAGCCGUUCUCUAACCCAGACCCUCAACUUCCCCAUUUAUUUAUUUAUUUAUUAAAACAAUUUUUAUUGAAUGAUUUUAUGUUACAAAAAACAAUACAGCCAUACUACCACUAAAUAUAAUUAAGAAAUAAGAAUUACAUACAUCGAUAUUUAGUUUGUUAUUUGUUAUUUACCGUCUUAUUUCCUCCCAAACAUUUCAUACAACAACACACAUAUGUGCAGACACCCACACACCCGCACCCGCACAUAAAAUGAUAAUAAUGAAAGUAAAUAUUUUUCCCCUUUUAUCUUCCAAAAUCUUUUCUUCAACUUUGACUUCCUGUCAAGUCCCUUUGCAUAUAUUUUAUCUUACAUUUGAAUGUACACAAAACAAUAGACCUUUCUAUAUAAUUUUUCUAAUACAUUCUGAAAACAUAAUAAAUCCUUAAUUGUUGUCCACCUCCUUUUAGUUCCUUUAUCACUCGAAUGCUAGCACAGAGUCAAAACUAUUAUUGUAUUUUUGAACAUAUCUUCUAUAACCAUCCCAUUUAACUUCCCCAUUUAUUUUAAGAGAGACUUUAGGGCAGCUCCACCUGUGCGAAAGCGUUUGUGUGAAGUUGUUGCCUCCACCGAAAUCUCGCAAGGAGCCUUUUCUGGGUGGGUGAGUCCCAUGUCUACUGGGGUCUCUGCAGGGUACGUAAGACAUUGCUAGAUGAGUGCACAGAAGCUUAAAGAAAAUAAAUAGGAGAGACUGAAUAUCUGCAAGUUGGUGAAAUCCAAAACGCCCGCCCACACCUUCUUCUUGCUCAAGUGCAAUAAUUCGUAUCAGAUUCAGGGUGGAGUUCGAUGCAAUUUCUCUGCCACAAUUUCAGCUGGAAGAACCAAACGCUGCAUAAAUAAAGGGCCGUUUCUCCCACAUGAGUACAAAGGGAAAUGAUGUAAUCGGAGCAGAACCAUUUGUACCACAAUAGCAGAGGAUCUGUCAGCACUCACUCCUAUAAACUCUUACUUUUCAGGGGUUUACAGCUAAGCUCAAAAAUAUUUGGGCUGGAUUGUAACUUCCUGUGCUGGGCUGCAAGCCUGAAAAGAUUUAUUUUUUGAAUUAAAUCAGAAUCAUUUUUAUGUUUUUUUAAAAAAAUUAAAUUGCUUCCCUUCACAAAGAGAACAACAAACAAAAAUGCUGAAAUUGGAUGCUAGCCAUUCAGUGGGGGGUGGAGGGUGGGAUGAUGGAGGACCCCUUGCCUGCUGUAGAUUUGAAACAAAAUGCUUGAAUGCAUGUCUUAUACUUUCAAACAUAUCGGGGUGAAAUCACAAUAUGCAUAUUCCUGCUAAGUGAUGAUGGAUUACAGGACUUUGUUGAAAUGUCCUGGGCUCUUGUCUCAUAUCCGUAGGCUUCCUGGGACAUAGUGCGUGGCCUUGUGUUGAGUCAGAAGUACAGUACAGUGGUACCUUGGUUCUCAAACACCUUGGCUGAAAUAUACUCGGAGUCGAGAGUUGAUUUCAUGCUCUUUAUUCAGCUCAUAGUGGUGAGGAGGAAUGGAAGUUCCCCCAGAAUGUCUGCUUUAAAUACAUUAUUUACACAAUGGGCCCCACGUGAUUGGCUAAUUCCGGGAUUCACCUGUAGGCCAAUCAGGUUGCGGAUUCACUUCCACCUGGAGCUGGAUUGGGUGGCUCCUGUGGACCGAUCAGACUGCUGCAUUUUGGAUCCUAUUCAACUCAGCGCAUAACAUUGGUACUCGAACAACUUGGAACCCAAACGCUACAAACCUGCAAGUAAAUGUUCCAGUUUAUGAACUUUUUUUGGAAGCCGUGCGUGCUCUGUUUUGAGUGCCACGCUUCCAUUUUGAGUGCCACACUUCCGUUUUGAGUGUUGCACUGAGGUCUGUCUCUUUUUGCUAUUUAUUUUGCGUUUAUGUUUUUGAGGCUCUUUUUGUUUUUGUGACUGUAUGGAACCCAGUUCAGCUACUGAUUGAUUGGUUGUGUGACUGCAGUACAUUGUUGAUUGCUUUCAUUUUAUCGAUCAGUGGUCUCGUUAGAUAGUAAAAUUCAUGUUAAAUUGCUGUUUUAGGGGUUGUUUUUAAAAGUCUGCAGCAGAUUAAUCCGUUUUGCAUUACUUUCUAUGGGAAAGCACGCCUUGGUUUGGAAUGCUUUGGUUUUGGAAUGGACUUCCAGAAGUUUGAGAACCAAGGUACCACUGUACAUCUUGUUCAGCAUUGUCUCCUCUAACCAGCAGCUAUUCUUCAGGAUUUCAGACACAGAAUCUUGCCCAGAUCUGCUUGGAGAUGCCGAUGUUUGAAACUGGGACAUUCUGUCUAACACUGAGCUAUAGGUCUUUCCUUACAUCUUUAAACUCACAUUCCUGCCAGCACAUAUGAGUUAACAUGUAUGUAUGUAUACAUAUUCCACCCGUCCUCCCAAAAAAGCCUAGGGCAGCAAAACCCAUCUGUGAUUUUAAAAAUGCAAUUACGGAAAUAAGAAACGCAAUUAAACAAUUUAAAACCCAUUAAAGACACCUGAAAACAAUUAGAAUCAAGCGUUUAAAGCAAAUUUUAAAAAGAGGUGUCACCAAAUCACGUGUCUGGACAGGUCCCCAAAACAUAAAGGUUUUCAGCAGGUGGCUAAUAGAGUUAAGUGAUGGCAGGGAGUUCCAAAGGUAAAGGAAUGCCACAGUAAAGGAAUAUUUCCUUACAAAUGUGGAAAACAAUGUGUAGAAGUGCAAGUUCCGCAGAUCCGAUUGGCACGAAUGGGGCAAGGCGGUCCCUUAAGCAAAUUGGUCUGGUAUAUGCAUCAUUGUAUGCAAUUUUGCAUAAUAUAAUGCCUUUAUGUACGCUGCCUUCACUAAUAUAAGAAUUAUUGUGCACACUUUUCCCCAAUGCACACUUUUCCUGCAUCCAUUUAUUUGGUUAAAGGUAAAGGGACCCCUGACCAUUAGGUCCAGUCGUGACCGACUCUGGGGUUGCGGCGCUCAUCUCGCUUUAUUGGCCGAGGGAGCCGGCGUACAGCUUCUGGGUCAUGUGGCCAGCAUGACUAAGCCGCUUCUGGCAGCACAUGGAAACGCCGUUUACCUUCCCGCUGGAGCGGUACCUAUUUAUCUACUUGCACUUUGACGUGCUUUUGAACUGCUAGGUUGGCAGGAGCAGGGACUGAGCAACGGGAGCUCACCCCGUCGCGGGGAUUCGAACCUCCGACCUUCUGAUCGGCAAGCCCUAGACUCUGUGGUUUAACCCACAGCGCCACCCGUGUCCCAUUUAUUUGGUUAGAAGAGUGCAAAUUUCAAGGGAUAGCUGCGAUUCAGUUUGCGCACUGGUUCAGCGUGUGCAGAUUUGAUGCAAUUCCUCCCCAUCCCUGAUCAGAGACGAUGGGAGGUGAUGCCUCUGAGUUUCUAAAGCCACAGAAAUACUCCGGGCCUCUUUCCAGCCCCUGUUGGAAACUGUCCCUGGAAACCGAGCUUGGAGUAGUUAGUCGUGUCCUCCUGCUCGGAGAACGAAAGAGCCAAACGUGAUAUCACUUAUAUAAUGCGAACAGCCCUUCAUCAUUUAUUUAGCAUAUAAAUAAAUAAAGCACAAGGAAAUGGCAGAAGCCGCGAUGAGUCUGGCGGAUUAAACGCGGGCCACCAGACAGUUUCCUUCUUCUUUUUUUGCAGCUUUUCUGACCUGGCUGUUACGACACUUAAGCAUCCAGAUUUGGUGGCUGAAAGGACCUUUCACCACCUUCAGCUGAUCUGUCAGGUGCAAUCCUCCCUGGACUGGAAAAUCCUGGCCACAGGUUAUCGAUGCACUCAGGGGUGCCAUCUCACCCUCAGGAUUGUGGGUGCCCAGCGCUGCUACAUGGAUGCGUAAUGUGACAUGCACAUGCCUGAUGUGUGACAUCAAACGCAAUAUGUCCCCUUUUCCCUAGGGAGGGGCGCGGACUUGGAAGCAGAGAGACUGCCUCCAUGUACGAGCUCCACCCCCCAGAAAAUGGUGCCUCGCUGGCUGGCUGCGGAGGGCGGUGCUGAAUUGCUUCUCUCUCGGGGGCAAUGCUUUUUUCAUUGACUUUGUGGGUGCCCAGCCCCCACAUUUACCGUAUUUUUCGCUCCAUAAGACGCACUUUUUUCCUCCUAAAAAGUCAGGGGAAAUGUCUGUGCGUCUUAUGGAGUGAAUGUGUGGUCAAUCGCUGGCUCCCUUUCUGGCCCUGCCCCCUUGCCCAGGACUCCAUUGUUGAAUGUUCUGCAAGUGACUGGCUGAUUAGAUUACCUGUCUGGAAACUGUAGAAACGGUUCCCUUCCUUUCCUAAAGAAGCUGCAGAACUGUGAGUUGAACCCCAUUUAAUACAGGAUUUUUUCCCUUUGCAAUAAAAGCUCAACAACUUUGAACUGAUGCUCAAAAAAGGGUCUUUUCCCCUUUGCAAAAGAAGCUGCACAACUUUGAGCUGAUCCUCAAAAAACCGGGGCUUUCCCCCUUUCCCCCUCUAAAAACUAUGUGCGUCUUAUGGUCGGGUGCGUCUUAUGGAGCGAAAAAUACGGUAUAUCAUUGUGGGUGCCCAAGCACCCACAACCCCUUGGAUUUGGCUCCUAUGUAUGCACACAAGCCUGGAGACUUGAUUACUAUAACAUACUCACAAGAACAGGCUGUUGGCGACAUAAGCCGGUGAGGCGUAAUGGUUAGAGCGUUGGACCCGGACCUGGGAGACAGGGGUUCGAAUCCUCACCUGGGCAUGAAGCUCACUGGCUGACUUUGGGCCAGUUGCUCCAUCUCAGCCUAACCCAGUGGUGUCGCAAGGGGGGGGGGGCGGUGUGCCCCAGGUGCCAUGUCUGGGGGGUGACAAGAAGGCACCCCGCGGGGUGCUCACCCCGCUGCUCCCGGGCGCAGCAGCCAGGCCCAGACAGAAGGGUGGGGGGCCAUAUGGGCCACUUGGCCCGGGCCUCCGAUUCCAAAGGGGGCCUCGGUCAGCAAAUUUAUAUUUUCCAUCAUGUCUCUAUAUGCAGAUACGGUUCAAGCCUUGAAAUAAAAUUAUUUGUCAGCAUAAAUGUUGUGAAAAUUAUUUAUAUACAGUGGUACCUCGGGUUAAGUACUUAAUUUGUUCUGGAGGUCUGUUCUUAACCUGAAACUGUUCUUAACCUGAAGCACCACUUUAGCUAAUGGGGCCUCCUGCUGCCGCCGCACCGCCGAAGCACAAUUUCUGUUCUCAUCCUGAAGCAAAGUUCUUAACCCGAAGUACUAUUUCUGAGUUAGCGGAGUCUGUAACCUGAAGCGUAUGUAACCUAAGGUACCGCUGUACUUACUUAUUUAUAAGGCUUCAGUUAUCCCCAGGCUAAAAAAAAAGGGGGGGCACAUUAUCUACCUGGCCCGGGCCUUUGCCUGGCCCUGCAAGGCCCUGGUGGUGGCGCAAGCAGCCAUCGUGCCACUGCAAGCCGCGAGCGGAGGAUCCUGCCACCGUCCGUACAGCACUCAGGCGGCACCAGCGGCAAACCGCUAUGUACAACGCAUGUGCGGUGUCACACGCCUGCACUGUACAUAGCGAUGCCGCACAUGUGCUGUCCAUAGCAGUUUGCCACCGCUGGCGCCCGAGCGCCGUACGGACGGCAGUGGGAUCCCUCCAUCGCCACUACAGCCGCAAGCGGAGGAUCCCUCUGCUGCUGCGAGCAGAAGAUCCCGCCACUGUCCGUAUGGUGCUUGGGCGCGCCAACGGCAAACCUCUAUGUACAACACAUGCACGGUGUCGCACGCAUGUGCUGUACGUAGCAACGCCGCACAUGUGCCCUAUGUAGCGACACCACGCAUGUGUCAUACGUAGAGACGCCCCACGUGCAUCAUACGUAGCAGCGCAACGCAUGCGCAGCCGGCGGUUUGCCCCGCCCCGGGUGUUAGUUAGCCUUCGUUCGCCCCUGGCCUAACCUACCUCGCAGUGUUGUUGUGAGAAUAAAACAGAGCCUUGUGCUUCUUGGAAGAAAAGGCGGGGCACAGAUGCAAUGCAUACAAAUAAACAAAUAGUUUUCCCCUUGCUAAGAAAGCUUCACUGGCUGAAGAUCUGCUACCAGGCCAGGUUCAAAAUUAUUCCGCAAAGUCCUGAAUGACUUGGGCUCAAAGUACCUUAAGGACCAUGUGGCUCCUCAGUCACGGAGAUCUUCUGAUGGAUUGCUUCUGGUGGCUCCCUCAUGCCCCAUAGGAGUGGGUGGCCUUUACCAGCAACCAAGCUUUUAAUAUGGUGGCCCCUGCCCUGUGGAACUCCUUGCCAAUAGAAGUCAGUGGGACUCUUCCCUGCUUUUGUUUAGACACCUUUUUCAAACUUGUACUUUUUAGACAAAACCUUUGGAACGUGGUUUAUUCCCCCCCCCAUAGAAUUUAUUAAAGUUUGAAAGAAAAUAUACAAACGUUAAUAUUAAAUACCCAAUAUCGUUUUGUCAUAAGAAACCAAUAUAAACAAAAAUACAAACCCAAGGGGGGCGGAGAGAGAAAAGAGUAAAAGAGAGCGAGAAAACUUCUGAUUCUUUGACUGUCAGCCAUAUACAGACCAAUAUAUAAACCAAUAUUUUCUUCAGUCCUCAAACCCAGAUAUCAUAAGUUCAUUUUCUUUUUCACACAAAAAAGUCUAUAAGGGAUUUCCGAUCUUUAGUAAAUAUUAACAUUGAUUCCCCCCGCUUAAAGAUGUCAGCUUUGCCAUCCCAGCUAAGUCCAAUAAUUUUAACAUCCAUUCCUCCACGGUAGAUAAUGAUGAAUCUUUGGAAAUUGUUUAUUGACCUGUGACCAACGUUUUUGCUGAUGUUAUUAUUGCAAUAUUGUGCUUCAUGUUGAAUAUCGCCUUGUUAUAUUUCCCAUGGAAGCGCCAAUAAUAUUUAAAUAAAGAACACAAAGAAUCAGGGACAGCCAAUCGUUCCACGUACUUGGGCGAUCUCUCCCUUCCUCCUUCCUCUCUGAUCUGCACCUCCUUCCUCCUCCGCCUUUUGAUCUGAUAUUCCAAAGUCUGCCCUCCUCCUUGAAGUAUAAUAACACUCUUCCAUCCAUGGUACUCACAUUCAUGCUUUUUUAAAAAAAACAUUUUCACCAAUUAAUUUUUAUUACUUCUCCAAAUUUUUAACGGAUUAACAACAAAUUGCCAUAAUUCAAAUUUAACACAAAUUUAAAAAUUGACUUUCCACCCCCACUUCAAGCUGCUUCUUUCCCCUCCCUCCUUUGCUGCUCACAAUAAAAUGUUUUAUACGAUUCAUACUGUGAUCAAACAGCUUCUUAGAACAACUGGGUGGAGCUGGUGUUAAUCUUUUAUCGCUGAGGCAGCUAUUGAGGCAGUUCGUAUGUUUCUCGUCUUUGUAUCUCCUGCGGCUAAAUGUAGGAGCCAGCUGAACAGAAAGUCAUUGCAUUUGAAGUGAUCUGGAAGUUUGGCUCAAGGCAGGAAUAGGCAAAACUGCAGCCGUCCAGAUGUUGUUGGACUCCUCUGCGCAAGCCAGCAUCCGGGAUGAUGUCAGGUCAGGGAUGAUGGGAGUUGGAGUCCGGCAACAUCUGCCAGCCACUUGGUCCUCGUGUCUAAUCUGUGAUGACUCAUUCCCAUAUGCAGUGGUGUCCAGGAGGGCCAGAUUUGAUGAAGUGAAGGGCCAUGAGGGCCGACCAAAGUUGUUAACCUUUUUUUAGGAUUGAAGUUGAUGAGCUUUUUUUUAAAGGAUUUUACUCCAGGAAAUAUACUGCCACAGGGGCCAGAUUAAAUCGACUGUCGGGCCGGAUUAGGCCCCCGAAAUGGACUUUGGACAUGCCCGUCAUAUGGAGUACAUCACUUGAUGCUUCUGUCAUCAAGUGACAACCAGCUGUGCCAUUUGGACUGGUGUUAUGCUCUAUUUGCAUGUCAAGGCCCCAAGCCCCUGCUAUUUGAUGAAUAAUAAAACACACGGACACCAGUAUUUUGGGUUAAUGGGAUAAUUAAGGCCACAGCGUUAUUGGUAACAGAAUGUGAGUGGUGUUGGCUUAGGCACUGGAAUUGAACCGACUAUAUCUGACUCCUGCCCACCAUGCAAGUACCGUAUUUUUUGCUUUAUAAGACUCACCUUUUCCCUCCUAAAAAGUAACGGGAAAUGUGUGUGCGUCUUAUGGAGCAAAUGCAGGCUGCGCAGCUCUCCCAGAAGCCAGAACAGCAAGAGGGAUUGCUGCUUUCACUGCGUAGUGGACCGGCCCCCUGCUGAAAAAGUUUGCCGACCCCUAGGAUAUAGGCUAUCCUAUACCCACUUACAUGUCAUUACGCCACAUUGAAAUCAAUGGAAUUUUACAACUAUGUUAAUCAGAUAUUAUUUAUCAGAUCAAAUAAGGUACUCCAGAUAUCACUGGCCCUACUUUGUUCUAAACCAAAGACAGGAGACCAGAUGGUUGCUGGAAUACAGCUUCCAUUAACCCCGCCCACUGACUGGGGUUGAUGAAAGCUGGAGUCCCAACAUUUUCAGGACUGGGUUUCCCAUCCCUGAUUCAGAAUAAGCUUUAGCUAUGGUAAACCCCAGGCCAAUGGAAGUUUUGUGGGAAAUAAUAAUUGGCCAAGAACUCAAACAAGGGAUAAUGAAUCAGAUUCGUUAGUGGCCUUGUUCUUUGUGAGCAUUAAUGCGCAAUUAAUCAAUAUUCCGCUUCCACUCAUGCUAGUUGCAAUGCUUGGGGGCUGGUUUUUUGUUUGUUUGUUUUGAUAUAAUCGUAUACAAUUAAUGAAGCGCUUUUUUUCCUCCAAGUGAAAUCUGAAUUUAAUUGUAAGGCUUUAUUGGGAACGAUACAAUGAAGUAUUCAUUAAUUCAAAGAGUCUUUUUUCAUUUACAUGUGCGGGGAUCCUGAUUUUUCUUUCUAGGCAUUGCUAAAAUAAUAUUUGCUACAGACUGUAAAAUGCUACAUAUUUCUAUAGGGAACUGGCUCUCCCUUAGGGCGACAUUCCUGCAAAGCACAUAAUUUAUGCUGAAAACUGUGGUAGGAUUUGGCAGCUUACAGCUGUAGGCAGGAUGGCAGCCUAGGUCUUUAACAAAUGCUGUUUGAUGUCUUUCAUUUAAAUGGUAAAUCACACAGUGCGGCAUUCAGUUUAAGCUUGUACAAAGGAGCGUGGGAUGCAGAACGGAUCAUAAUACGUGUGAAAUAUUCCCCCCUUUCUGCCUUAAAUUGUUUUGUAAUUCUGGAUCGUGAGCAUGUUGACCUUCAGGAAAAUGCACACUUUGCUGAAUGCACAGAAAAGCUGUCUACCGUAUUUUUCGCUCUAUAGGAUGCACUUUUUCGCCUCCAAAAAUUAAGGGGAAAUGUGUGUGCGUCCUAUAGAGCGAAUGCAGGCUGCACGGCUAAGCCCAAAGCCAGAACAGGGAGACAGAGCGCUGCGCAGCGCAGCGCUCCGUCUCGCUGUUCUAGCUUUGGGUUAGCUGUGCAAAGCCUCCGCAGGGCAGCGGGGUGCCUUCAUCCCGCUGCCCUGCAGAGGCUUCACGGGCUGCCCCAGAAGCCAGCUUGGGGAUGGCUGCGCAAAGCCUCUGCAGGGCAGCGGGGUGCCUUUACCCCGCUGCUCUGCGGAGGCUUCAAAGGCUGCGCUCCGGGGGCUUCAGGCAGCUAUCCACAAGCCUUUGGAGCGCAGCAGGAGUUCCCGCUGCGCUCUGAAGGCUUGCGGAUAGCUGCCUGAAGCCUGGAGUGUGAGAGGGAUUGGUGCACACCGACCCCUCUUGCUCUCCAGGCUUUGCUUCGCUGGAGAGGCGUUGCACAGUUUUCCUUCUCUGCGUAGCGCCCCUUCAGCGAAGCGGGAGGAGAAAUGGAAGGGGCUCCGUUUCUCCUACUGCUUCGCUGAAAGGGUGCUGAGCAGAGAGGGGGAGAAUUUCCCCCCCCGUUCUCCCCCUCCUAUGGUCCGGUGCGUCCUAUAGAGCGAAAAAUACGGUAUGUGCUGCAGCUGAGUUGCAGAACACAUGACUUGCAUGCAAAUGGUGGCAGGAUCAGUUCCUGGUACCUCUGUGUAGAACUGAGAAAGUCUCUGCUCUACAACCUUGAGACAGCCAGUGUAGAUCAGAGGUGGCUAACCUGUGAUGCUCCAGAGCUUGCUAGACUACUUAGGAGGCUGCCUUGUACCAAGUCAGUCCAUGGGUCCAUCUACUUCAGUGUUGUCUACACUGGCUGGCAGCAGCUCUCUGGGGUUUCAGGCGGCGACUCUUUCCCAGCCCUUCCUGGAGAGGCCAAAGGGAUUGAACCUGGGACCUUCUGCAUGCAAUCAGAUGCUCGGCCACUAACCUGCGGACCAUCCCUGUACACCAUAGCUGUCAACUUACAGAUUUGAAAAUAAGGGACCAGCAGCCUUGAAAAUAAGGGAUCAGCAGCCAAAUUAAGGGAUUUCCUUUUCCUACACCAUGUGCCCCCGCUCCAGACAGACCUUUUCCCCAGCAAGGGUGAGUGGGCCGUCGAUGACGUAUCCGUCCAAUUCCGAGCACAGGUAUGUUCAGCUUCUGAGCCCCUCCGAGCCAAAGGCAGAAAGCCCAGCCAGGAGCCAAACAAAGCUUCAAGUGGUGGUUCCCACAGCGCAGCAACCCGGCAAAGGGGAUGCAGCAAGGAAAACCACCGUCACCUCUCCGCUGGGAAGCGCUGAGCAAAGGUGAGUCCCCAGGCAACACGGCCGAUUUGAUCGGCACAAGGCAUGCAAGCUCCACCCCCCAGUCGUUCUUAGACUCCUUAUUGGGUGAGCAAUGCAGCCAAGCAACACAGUUGGAGCCUCCCUCCUCCCUGGCCGGCAGGGAGGGAAGGAGAGAGAGGAGCUGCUUCCUUUGAAACCCGGGAAAUUUAUGGGAUAUCAUCAAUCCGGGACAGCAGCGGGACACGGCACUGGGAUAAGGGAGUUUCCCGCCAAAUAAGGGACGAUUGACAGCUAUGCUGUACACUACAAAUCCCAUCAUCCCUGUCUACUGAUCAGGCUAGCUGGGGGGCUGUUGGGAGUUGGAAUCCAACAGCAUUUGGAGGACCACAGAUGAACCACCUCAGCUGCAGACAAUACUGAGCUAGAGAAAUAUGUGGUCUGAUUCAAUGCAAGGCAGCUGCCCAGAUGUCAGAGACCAGGCUGAGGAGUACUGUUCUGAUGAGGAAUGGUGGGAACCUCACCCUUGCUCUACUCCUGACCAGGAUCCUGAAGCUGCCCAGCAGCAGUUGAGCAGUAUAGAUUUGGAACAGCGGUUUGCAGAGGGGCAUAGUUCUGAAGACAAAAGUUGGGACGAACUGGGGGUGGGGGAAUGAACAGCAAAGUGAAGAAGAACUGGAAGGGAGAGAGCUAACAGACACUCUCUCUUGCUGGAAAGUGUCCAGCCUAUCAGUCCGAGGUCACGGAGAGCAAAUUAGGUGGCUAGCACGGUGGUUGCGAGAUCAGGUUGCAAGGCACGGAAGUGACUAGGGGGGAAGUGGGUGGAAACCUUAAUUGGGGACACCAUCAUUCCGAGAGUGGCUGCUUUGUUCUUUUGCUGUGAUAACUAAAGACUCUUUAAAUGGUAAGCGACUCUUUUCGCUUUGUCCUGCUUAUCUAUGGCCAAGGGGGGGGGGAGGAAGCCGAGUCCCCGAAGGCUGACACUUGUUGUUGUUGUUUAGUCGUUUAGUCGUGUCCGACUCUUUGUGACCCCAUGGACCAGAGCAUGCCAGGCACUUCUGUCUUCCACUACCUCCCACAGUUUGGUCAAACUCAUGCUGGUAGCUUCGAGAACACUGUCCAACCAUCUCGUCCUCUGUCGUCCCCUUCUCCUUGUGCCCUCCAUCUUUCCCAACAUCAGGGAGGCUUAUCUUCUCAUGAGGUGGCCAAAGUACUGGAGCCUCAGCUUCAGGAUCUGUCCUUCCAGUGAGCACUCAGGGCUGAUUUCCUUCAGAAUGGAUAGGUUUGAUCUUCUUGCAGUCCAUGGGACUCUCGAGUCUCCUCCAGCACCAUAAUUCAAAAGCAUCAAUUCUUCAGCGAUCAUCCAGCCUGACACUAUAUGAAACAAAUUGAAACUGAGCAAGGUUUCUACUGGGCAUGUGCGUGCUACAGGCCAGCAUUACAAUUACAGUGGUACCUCGGGUUACAUAUGCUUCAGGUUACAUAUGCUUCAGGUUACAGACGCUUCAGGUUACAGACACUUCAGGUUACAGAUUCCGCUAACCCAGAAAUAGUACCUCGGGUUAAGAACUUUGCUUCAGGAUGAGAACAGAAAUUGCGUGGUGGUGGCACGGCAGCAGCAGGAGGCCCAAUUGCUAAAGUGGCGCUUCAGGUUAAGAACAGUUUCAGGUUAAGAACGGACCUCCGGAACGAAUUAAGUACGUAACCAGAUGUACCACUGUAUAUUUAUAAAUAAAUAAAUAAAGACAUUCUUAUUUAACCUUGCCUUUUAUCUAUUAGGAAAAUGCCCGCCUUCAUUCCCAGUACAUUUCCGAGCUCAAUUCAAAGUGUUGUUGCUGACCUUUAAAGCCCUAAACGGCCUCGGCCCGGUAUACCUGAAGGAGCAUCUCCACCCUGAUCGUUCUGCCCAGGCACUGAGGUCCUCUUCCAAUGGUCUUCUGGCGGUUCCCUCACUGCGAGAUGUGAGGUUACAGGGAACCAGGCAGAUAGACUUCUCGGUGGUGGCGCCCGCCCUGUGGACAUCCCAUCAGAUGUCAAAGGAAUAAACAACUAUCUGGCGUUUAGAAGACAUCUGAAGGCAGCCCUGUUUAGGGAAGUUUUUAAUGACUGAUGUUUUAAUAUAUAUUUAAUCUUUUGUUAAAGGGGAAACCCAGCCAGAUGGGCGGGGUAUAAAUAAUAAAUUAUUAUUAUUUCAUUGAUUUAAGUUUCUGUCCCGCCCCUUCCUCCGGGAAUCACUGGGCGGUUUACAAUCGCUGUUUUUCAAACUGUUGGAAGGUUGCAGUGCCUGCUGUGGCAAUGUAAAAACUCAGCCAUAUUCUGGGAUGUGACAGAUAGAUAGAUAGAUAGAUAGAUAGACAGACACAAUUGUGCAUUUGAGUUACUGCAUGUCAGGGAUUCUAAAAUCCCUGCUUCUCUCAACUAUGUGAAGUUAGGCAUGAGCGGGGAAACCUUUUUUUGUCGUUUCUACUGCUAAACAGUUGGGAGUAAAAAGAAGAAACAAACAAAUUAUUGCCCAUUCCUACAAAUCAUCCAGAGAUGUACCAGUAGACCCCUCCAUGCAUUCUGCCUACCUCCACUCUAGAGAGAUGUCACGCAUUCCCUGUGAUCUUAUGUGAUUAAUAGCCUCGUAAGCUUUGCCCAGCACUGUGUCCUGGGUUACCUCAAUCCUUUAGAAAGAGGAGGCAUGGAAAACUUAACACCAGCCUCCCCAUUUUUGCCAAACGGGUGAAUUUGGUUUCCAUGGCAGCAGAGACAGGCAGAUUUUGACUUUAAGGGCAUUGACAGAUGAAAGCAUUCCGCUUCAGCAGACAAGGCUCCCCAAGUCUUGAGAGCGACACAUUCAAUUCCUUUCAGUCCUGUCAUGGCUAAAAUGGCUGCUGUUUCUUUAAUGUGAAUAAAGCUGGGUCAGCAUGACUCAGCGGCUUGCAGCAAGUUGUAUAUAUAAGUGAGAAAUGUUAGUUUGUUGCCGAGGCUGAGGCUGGUGUUUGGGUUGGUUGGUUGGUGCUGGUGUGUAUAGUUACUCAGUCGUGUUUUGCGCAAAGACUUUUAAGAAUAAAACUCUGCAAGGAUAUUCUCGUGGACUCUUUUUGUGCCGACAAGGAGACUGAGGAGACAAAGGGAGGUCAGAACCCUUUCCUUCUUUUUUGCUUUUUACAAACACUGACCGGUUAUGGGCCCAGUGUUUCUGAGCAUGUGCAGAGUGCAGAACGACUGACAGCAUCUCAGCAGGGAGCUGGUGAGUCCUGGUGGUGCCUGGAGCCAGUGGCUGUGCGUUGGAGCAGUUGGUGGCAAGCUGUAACUGUCUGCAGCGAUGCUGGAGCGGCUAGGAUCUGAGGAUCAAGAAAGCACUCAGCGUCGGCUACUGGAACAGUUUGAACUGCUGGAGGACCACAGUAGGUGACUCACAGAGCGGCUACACCAGUUGCAGAGCCAGGCGGGACCUGAGGGUCAACAGAGGCAGCUGCUAGAAGCCGGUGAGUGCCAGCCAGGACCAUCCAGUGGGACUCUAAAGAGAGAGUCAGGAGAGAUUGCUGGAGGCCCUACAGAAGGGGCUCAGCAAGCACCAGCAGAGAUGGCAGAUUUCCAGUCUUCCCAAGUUGUAAAUAUUGGGGGAGGCAUCCCUUUUGAACUUCUCUCAGAAAGCAACUGGCUGAGUUGGUCAAUUAAAAUGCAGCAGUUGUUAAGGAGAGAUGGACUAUGGGACUGUGUUGAAACUGAGGUUUUGAGGACUGAGAAAAAACGGCUAGAUGAAAGGGCUCGUGCCCAAAUUAUGCUGUGUUUGAGCAACUCUCAGUUAUUGCAUGUAGCAAAUGCCAGCACAGCGUUUGAGUGCUGGAAUUUAUUAAGGGCAAUGCAUGUCAGAGAAACUGCUGGAAUUAUAAUUUCUCUGACCAGAAGGCUGUUCAGGACUGUUAUGAAAGAAGGUGAGAGUUUGGCAACUCAUCUUCAAAUGCUGAAAUCUCUGUUUCUUCAACUACAGCAGAGAGGUAAGCGUUAUGAUGAGACUGACCAAACCUACAUUAUCCUUUCAAGUUUGCCUGAAAGCUGGUUGCCCGUGAUUAACAGCAUGGAGAGUGUGCGUCCCCGAGAUCUGACCCUUGAGUAUGUGGUUGGAAGAUUGACCGAAGAAGCAGAAAGAAGGUCAGAUAGACAGGCUGAACUCCAAGAGCGGAGGAGUUACAGCCGAGAGGGCCAGCAGCAGAAUCUGCCAAUGGAGCAACGCCAAGGUUUGGACCUGGCCAUGGCAGUGAGGAGAUGCUAUAGAUGCAACCAACCCGGGCACCUCCAACGUCAAUGCAGGGCAAGACUUCCAGGAGACGACGUGGAGCAGAGACAGCAAUCGACGCAGAAACGUAAGCAGAAGGGGUUCUCUUCAGAGAAGAAGAACACGCGUUCUGCUCAGUUUGUGUCUGCAUUUUCUCGAGAGGAGAGGAAGAUACCUCGAGGAACAUGGUUGCUAGAUUCUGGGAGCAGCAGGAUUAUCUGCAACCGUCGGGAGGACUUUAAGACCCUGGGGAAGCCAGCUGAUGGAAAAGACUCAAUCUAUCUUGCUGAUGGUCGUAGAAGCAAGAUUGAUGGCCAGGGAACAUGUUUCCUGCAGUGCUUGAACACUACUCUACCAGAGACUCUGUUUGUCAGCAGUUUGGACUAUUGUUUACUGUCUGUAAGCUGUUUGAUUAAUGCAGGGUAUAGUGUUAAGUUCACGCAGGAUGGCUGUCUGAUAAAGAAUGGAACUCAGGUAUGUGGCCAUGCAAAGUUGGAAAAUGGGUUAUAUGUAAUGCAGGACAAGCCUGUUAAAGCAGCCCAGGUGGUUCAGGAUAAUUUGCCAGUUCAUAAGGGGUGUGUACAUGAGCUGCACAGAAAACUGGGUCACGCCAAUUUCCGUGUGCUUUCAGAGAUGCAAAAGGUGUGCAAGAACCUAAAAGUAAAUAGCUGUAACUGUUUCCUAGAUUGCAAUGUAUGUAAAAUGGCCAAAUCUAAGAGGAAGCCUGUGGCUUCUAAAAGUGACAGAGUAUCUAAAGAGGUUUUAGAACUUGUCCAUUGUGAUGUGAUAGGCCCUUUCCCACAGAAGACUGAAGGGGGCGCCAGAUAUGCUUUUCUGGUAAUUGAUGAUAAAUCACGUUUUAGUUGGUUGUUUUUGUUAAAGCAGAAAUCUGAGUGUUUCCCCACAUUCAGAGAAUGGGUUGCCCAAGCUGAAAAGCUCUUCGCUCGCCCUGUUGUGCAGUUGCAAACAGAUAGGGGCGGAGAAUUUCUGAACAAACAAUUUGGGGCAUGGUUGCGACGUAAGGGGAUCACUCAUCGCUUGGCUAACCCUUAUAGCCCUGCUGAAAAUGGUCUGUGUGAAAGACGUGGGGCUGUAAUACAGUCAGUAAAGGACUGCCUGCUAGUGGAUGCAGGAUUGGGUCACAACCAUAGGCUGUGGGGUGAGGCUUUUCUGACAGCGAACUUUUUGAUUAAUAGAACCUGGUCUAGCUCUAUAAAAGAUAUUCCAUAUCGUGUGUUGUUUGGGAAAGAACCAGAGUGGACAAUGCUCCAUAACUGGGGUGCUUGGGCACAUGUAAAUAUCCCCAAAGCUCAGCGCCAGAAAGGGGGCGCUAGAGCGCAGAAACUGUGGUUUGUGGGAUAUCAGUCCUAUGGCAAAGGGUGGCGUUUCAAUUUACGCCCAGGACGCGUGGUUCUGUCACGAAGUGCAGACUUUGCUGACCAGGACAGAUGGACUGCGAUCCAUGCCAACCCAGAUUGCCUACUGCCCCUGCAAGUAAGAGAAGAGGCUUCUUCUCAGCCAUUGGCAACACAGGAGCAGGAUGAGGAGGAGGCACAGAUUUCCCCCAAAGAUGUGGCAAUAGAUAAUACUUCUUCUUUAGAGGAAGAGGAAGAAGAGCCAGAGAUAAGGGGGGAAGAAGAAGUAGUUGUGCCUAGACGCUCCCAGCGUUCAAACAAGGGUGUACCUCUUCAGCGUUUGACCCUAGGAGGAGUGAGAGUAUGCAAUGUGAGUUGUGUGGAACCACAAAGUUAUAAUGAACUCUUAAACUUACUCCCUGGAGAACGUGCUUUGUGGGAACAAGCUAUGAAAGAAGAAAUGGACUCUUUUAAACGUAACAAAGUGUUUGAGGUUAUAAUGCCGCCACCUGGUGGCAGAGUGGUGUCAUGCAAGUGGGUUUACAAAAGGAAAACCCUUGCAUCUGGGGAACCACGUUUUCGAGCCAGAUUAGUAGCCAGAGGGUUCACUCAGAUUAAAGGGGAGAGUUAUGAUGAAGUGUUUUCUCCCACUGUAAAGAGUGAAACUUUUCGUUUAAUGCUUUCCAUUGCUGCUGUAAGACAACUAGCAGUGCACCAUUUUGAUGUUGAUGCUGCAUAUCUGCAUGCAAAUUUAGACCAUGAAGUGUUAAUGAGACAACCCCCUGGGUUUGAAGAGGAGAAUGGUGCAGUCUGGCGUUUGAAAAAGGCUGUUUACGGUCUCAAACAAAGUGGAAGGUGUUGGAACCAGUGUUUAAAUGAAGCCCUUGUAAAACUUGGUUUUAAAAGGAGUGUGGCUGAUCCAUGCCUGUACACCAAGGGGACAGGCAACAAAUAUCUAAUGCUCUUAGUCUUUGUUGAUGAUUUGCUUGUGGCAGGGAGUUCCACAGAUGAGAUCCAGAAGCUCACAAGUCAACUGGAAAAGAGGUUUAAGCUUAAAGCCUUAGGGCCUGUAAGCAAUUACUUGGGAGUAGAAGUAAGGCAGGAAGCAGAUGGAAGCUUCCUAUUGAGCCAGAAAGAGAAAAUUCUUCAUUUGAUAGAGCAGUUUGGCAUGGAAAACUGCAAGCCAGUUCAGACUCCCAUGACACCAGAUUUCCCAAAGACAGUGUGUGAUGAUGAAUUUGAUCAGCCUGAGUUGUAUCACUCAAAAAUAGGAUCACUGUUGUAUUUAAGCCAGUGGUCAAGGCCAGACAUUGCAUGUGCUACAAAUGUUCUGAGUCAACGUGUAUCUAAACCCAGUACUGCCGAUUGGUGUGCUUUGAAAAGGCUUAUCAGAUAUCUAAAGGGGACAUUAAAUGUAUGUUUGAAGAUAUCUAGUACACAAGAUGAAAAACUAGAAGUGUUUGUUGAUGCGGACUGGGGAAGCUGUGUAGCUACCAGAAAAUCUACAAGUGGAAUGGUUAUGAUGUUUGCCAAUUCCAUAAUUGGAUGGAGGUCAAAGAAACAAGGAUUUGUUGCGACCUCAUCCUGUGAGGCAGAAUAUGGGAGCCUGUCACUAGCAUGCAAUGAAAUCAUGUGGUUUAUACAGAUACUAAAAGAUCUAGAUUGUAAAGUAGAUUUGCCUAUCCAAGUGUAUGAAGAUAGCCAAUCAUGCAUUGCAUUAGCGGGCUCGGAAAUAAUGAAAUCUGCAUCAAAACAUAUCGCUAUCCGUCAUGCGAAUGUGAGAGAUUGUGUACAGAAUGGGGUGAUCAAACUGGAGUAUUGUCAGUCACAAGACAAUAUUGCUGAUUUGUUUACCAAGCCUUUGCCAGCAACAUGCCAUAAUGAAUUGAUCACAAAACUGGGUUUAUGUAUAUAGUGUAUGUAUGUAUUGUUUCUGUUGGGGUUUUUCGCAUUUAAGAAACAGAAGGGGUGUCACGGCUAAAAUGGCCGCUGUUUCUUUAAUGUGAAUAAAGCUGGGUCAGCAUGACUCAGUGGCUUGCAGCAAGUUGUAUAUAUAAGUGAGAAAUGUUAGUUUGUUGCUGAGGCUGAGGCUGGUGUUUGGGUUGGUUGGUUGGUUGGUGCUGGUGUGUAUAGUUAUUCAGUCGUGUUUUGCACAAAGACUUUUAAGAAUAAAACUCUGCAAGGAUAUUCUCGUGGACUCUUUUUGUGCCGACAAGGAGACUGAGGAGACAAAGGGAGGUCAGAACCCUUUCCUUCUUUUUUGCUUUUUACAAACACUGACAAGUCCAUGGUUCUCGUGACAUGAAGUGGAUCACCCUUCGUGGUAAUUUCUAGGGAAGACUUGAGCUCUUCCCCGGAAAGUUUUAGUCUGAAUAGGGAGUGCUUAGUUAUAACCACCUGGGAGUAAUUUUGUGACACAGCCUAUUGUCUUAAGUCAGGGACAGCCAACAUGGUGCCCAUGAGACACUGUUGGACUCCAACUCCCAUCAGUUGCAGCUAGCAUGGCAAACUGUGUCUCUCGUGUUUGCAGGGUUAAGAACAAGACUGAAAACUGCCUAAUAACAUUUACCAUGAAUGUUCCAUGCUGUGUGCUAAUUACAGGUAGGUAGCCGUGUUGGUCUGCCGUAGUCGAAACAAAAUUUAAAAAAUCCUUCCAGUAGCACCUUAGAGACCAACUACGUUUGUUAUUGGUAUGAGCUUUUGUGUGCAUGCACACUUCUACAGAUACACUGAAACAGAAGUCACCAGACCCUUAUAUAUAGUGAGAGGGUGGGGAGGGGUAUUACUCAGAAGGAUGCUGGUAAUGAGUGACUGGCUGAUAGGUGUGGUAAACCUGUUGACGACUGUUAAUGACUGCAACAGUCUUACAGAAAAAAAGCAAGGGAUGAGAUGGCUAAAAAUAGCUUUAUCAUGUAUAAUGAGAUAAGAAUCCAAUGUCUCUGUUUAGACCAGGUCUCUUCAUGCUUUUAAGCAGGGGUCAGCAAACUUUUUCAGCAGGGGGCCGGUCCACUGUCCCUCAGACCUUGUGGGGGGCCGGACUAUAUUUUGAAAAAAAUAAUAAUAAACAAAUUCCUAUGCCCUACAAAUAACACAGAGAUGCAUUCUAAAUAAAAGGACACAUUCUACGCAUGUAAAAACACUCUGAUUCCCAGACUGUCCGGGGGCCGGACUGAGAAGGUGAUUGGACCGGAUCCGGCCCCCGGGCCUUAGUUUGCCUACCCAUGGUUUUAAGUUUGGUAAUAAGUUGCAAUUAAGCAACUUCUCUUUCCAGUCUAUUCCUGUGUGCGGAAAGUUUAUUUGAACAAUAGGUAGUUACUACAAUCUGCUCAGACUCAUGGUUCAUGGUUUGUAAUCAAUCACUGACUUUGUCUGCAUUGCCUUCGUAUGCGGUGUGUUUGGGGGAAUCAGAGCUCAGAAGUAAACCACCAAUCCACAGGACAGAAGAUACUAAUAAUAGGGUUUCUCUGGAGUAAACUGGAUGCAAAUUUCUCACUUAGCCGGUGCUGAAAAUCAGCGUAAUGGAAGCAAAGAAGGAGAGAGCAUUGAUUUUUUGAUGAAAUAUUGUGGUGCAUAUAUACCCCAAAGGCUUUGCAUUAAGACUAGGCAGAAUCCUGACAUUUCCUAACCUUUUGGUGCCCCUUGUUGAAUUUUAAUAACAUGCUUUUUAAUUUUGUCCGCUUUCUGGUUGAGACUUAAUGUGUUGACCCUGCCAGACCUUUCCGACUACAGUGAUGAUAAUGUAUUUGUGUGUGUUUAUAUGCUAUAUCAGUGUCUGCAGAGAGGGCUUUAUGAAAUCCAUAACAACCCACUAUAUAAAAUACGCAUUGAUUGAGAUCCAGCGCCAUUAAAAUCAGCAGGAAUUUUGCCAUGGACUUUAAUAAUGUUGCAGGCCAGCCCAGUCUCCAAGCAAUGGGAGGUCCCAGGGGUUUCUGCCACACUUACUUGGGGUCCAUGUUUUCUUUUGGAAAUGAGGCACAGUGGAAAUUGUGGCAUCUUUCAUGACAUAUGAUUUAUUUGCACAUACCAUAUUUUCCAUCUAUUUUUGUUGUUGUUUAGUCGUUUAGUCGUGUCCAACUCUUCGUGACCCCAUGGACCAGAGCACGCCAGGCACUCCUGUCUUCCACGGCCUCCUGCAGUUUGGUCAAACUCAUGCUGGUAGCUUCGAGAACACGGUCCAACCAUCUCAUCCUCUGUUGUCCCCUUCUCCUUGUGCCCUCCAUCUUUCCCAACAUCAGGGUCUUUUCCAGGGAGUCUUCUCUUCUCAUGAGGUGGCCAAAGUAUUGGAGCCUCAGCUUCAGGAUCUGUCCUUCCAGUGAGCACUCAGGGCUGAUUUCCUUCAGAAUGGAUCGGUUUGAUCUUCUUGCAGUCCAUGGGACUCUCAAGAGUCUCCUCCAGCACCAUAAUUCAAAAGCAUCCAUUCUUCGGCAAUCAGCCUUCUUUAUGGUCCAGCUCUCACUUCCAUACAUCACUACUGGGAAAACCAUAGCUUUAACUAUACGGACCUUUGUUGGCAAGGUGAUGUAGACGCCCCUAUAUAUAAGACUCCCCCCUAUUUUGGGGGAUUCAGUACUAAGAAAAUGAGAGGAGAUGGCCCAAAGUUGUUGAGCCUUUCCCUCCAUGCAGCUGAAGGCAGGAUACACUCCCUAGAUCGGUUCCCGGUUGGCCAGAGGGCACCUUCCCCCCUGCUGCUGCACACAGGAAACGAUCCAGGGAGUGCUUCCCACGCACAGCGGCAUCAGGGAAAGCUGCACGCCGCCAGCCAGUGCCCCCAGAUCUCUCCCCAUGUGCAGCAACAUCUCCUCCCCCAUGCCACUACCCAGUUUUUUGACAUUUUUGUGUCAAAAAACCAUCUAAUACACGGGAAAAUAUGGAAUAUACAACCUGAGCCUACGACGAAGGGGUUCACAGCAUAAACAUUCAAGAGGGCCUUGCUUCGUCCAUAGGUACAGCCCUGAAUCCAAAUUGUCAUCAGCCACUCUGCUCCGCCUGCUGCUUUGCGUCUCAGUCACAGAACUCUCUAACCUCUGAUUUUAUCUUCUAACGAACUCUGGGUUAAGAGAGGAGCCCUUCCCAUUUGCCAUCUGGCACAGAGCCCCCUCUCUUUGGCUUACCUUAUGUCCUGUCAUCUUCCUUUAGUUCCCCUAAUGGCCCAUCACCCCAGGCAAUUUCCUGGGCACCGGAAUCUUAACCUAGCUUAGUUAUAGCUAUAACAUUCAAAUGGAAGCAUGGGAGAGGCUCUGGAGGGAAGAUUUUAAAUUUACGUCAUGUUACGAUCUAAAAGAAAACUGUAUGAAAAUGCUUUACAGGAGGUAUUUGUUAAAUUAGCCAAAAUGUUUAGAUCUAGGCCAAACACCUGUUGGAAAUGCAGGGAGGCGGGAGGCACAUUAAUGCACAUGUGGUGGAACUGUAAAAAGAUCAGAGAGUUUUGGAAAAUGAUCUGUAAUGAACUUAAGAAAAUGUUUAAACACUUUCCCUAAAAAGCCCGAAGCCUUCCUGCUAGGAAUUAUGGGUAACGGAAUUCCAAAGAAGUUCAGGAGAGUUUUCAUGUACUCCACAGUAGCUGCCAGAAUUCUAAUUGCAAAAAGCUGGAAGGGGGAAGUUAUCCCAUCCAAAUCAGACUGGCAAAAUAAAUUGAGAGAGUAUGCUGAACUAGUGAGAAUAUCAGCAAGUUUACGAGACGUUACAGAUGAAAAAAUUAUUAGAGAAUGGGACAUAUAUAGAGCUUACCUGAAAGAAAAUUGCCAAAAUAUCAAUCCGUUGGUAGGUCUUGAUUGAGUUUCUGCAUGUAAUAGGACAACUUUAUAAAUUUAAAGCAAUCAGAUUAAUGUAGAGAAGAUAAAGUUAAGUGUGUAACUAAAGAAUGUGGUUUGGGAACACAAUGGGGAGAUUGGAGGUCAUGCCAGAUUUAAUCACAAAUUGAUGUACACAAUAAGUAACAAUUUCGAAAUGAAUGUUUGUUUAUUUUUACAUUGUCUUUAACAUCUAUUGACUAUUCACGUUAUACAGUUUUAAAAACAAUAAAGCAGUUUAAAAAACCAAAACAAAACCUAGCUUAAUUAGCUGCUAACAUUUGCUGAUUUCAAGGGAUUCAAAGUAUCUAGCACACAGCUUGAUGCACACAGGUCUGGCUUGAAACACAUGGGUCUAGCACCCAGUUUUAACACGCCAAGCAUUGAUUAAAUUCUAACACCUACUGGAGCCAGGAAUUUACAGGAGUCUGGAACUCACAAAUGCAUAAGAUGUGGACUGUCCCCCAUUUUGAAACUGCUGUAUUAUGGAGUCGGUCAAUUAGUCCAUCAAGUCCAGUAUCCUCUGCUCUUGACGGGCAGCAGCUGGUUCCUCCCACCAUUCCUCUGUGUCCAAUGACAAAGAAGGGGUUAAAUGCCACAACCACAUAAGAUCAGGCCAUUGAAAUUACCUAACCUGGGGAGAAAACAGUAAAGACCUUAUGAAGAGAGCACAGCAGAGGUUAUAUUUUCUGAGAAUCCUCCGGAAAAAUAAUCUCUCAAAGGAGCUGUUGAUGGCAGUUUACCAUUGUACUGUGGAGAGUGUAUUAACUUAUGAUCUGUGUGUGUGGUUUGGAAGCUGCACAGUCAGGGAAAAAGCAGUGCUGUCCAGGGUUGUAAAGACUGCGGAGAGAAUAAUUGGGUGCACUCUUCCCACCUUGGAUCAAAUCUACGCUUCCAGGUGUCAUAAGAAAGCUGCAGAGAUAGCGCAGUAUAGUGUGCACCCAGGAAAUGAUCUCUUUCAGCUUCUGCCUUCUGGAAGAAGGUACAGGGUUAUAAAGACUAGGACUAGCUGCCUUAGAAACAGUUUCUAGCCAAAUGCGAUUUUGGUUUUAAACGCAGUGUAAGGUAGUCUUCGUGGGAGUAUAUUGUAUUUAAUUAUGGGGUAUCAGAGUUUUUAGGGGGUUAACCAGGCUGGGAUAGCAGGCUUGUUGGUUUUUGAAUGUCUUAUGUAGAUUUUUUCAAUUUCAUUGUUCUGUAUGGGACAAUGACAAUAAAGAUGAUCGUAUCAUAUGCAAGGAAAAGAACCAGAACAUCCUGCAUAUAGAGAGCUCAGUUCUCCAAGUGCUGGUCCUCAUGCAGACAAAACAGCAACAUCCACACAGAAGAGGCACACUGGGGUAGAAGUACCACCCAAGGGGGGGGGAAUUCUGAAGGGACUGGGCCCCCCAAAUGGCUCAAUGAAGACUGUUGAGGGAGGAGGGGAAUGAAGUAUUUAUUUGUUCUGUUUCACAGGAUUUCUAAACUGUUUAGUUAUUUUAAAAAAUCUCUAAAUGGUAUGUAAAGCACAACAUAAGAACAAUAAAAUAAAAACAGCUAAAUCAUGAAAGCCAGGAAAACAGUUUUACAGGUAGUAUUACGAUAGAUGUAGACAGGAAUUUAUUACUAAUAGGAUCUAGUUUAUGGGUUGAGGAAAACUAGGGGGGGAAAUAUGCGUCUUUACAAGAUUGCUGAAGAGGCUGAAGAAGGAACGCUUCACAAAGAGAGGAGGGAAUGCCACAGGGCUGGUGCAAUGAUGAAAAAAUGCGAGGAGUAAAAUUUCCCCAGAUGACCCAAGUGAUCUUUAGGCAUGCGGAAGAAAUUUGCUUUCGUUGAAAGGAGAACCUGCUAAAUUAACAUGAAAUAGCUUGCAGAAAUGUGUAUAAUAGUCAAAAAUUGCAUAAAGAUAAGUAAAAAUACUAUAUGCACUAAAAUAAUGCAAAUUUUAAAAUGAGGAUUCUUUUCUUUUUUUAAAGAAAAAUCACAAAUUGAUGCAGAAAUGUGGAGAACUAGAUUUAACAGUGGGAUAAAGGGUGAGAAACUUGGAAAAACUGAAAUGGGCAGUGAAAUAUACUCGGAGUCGAGUGUGAAUUUCAUGCUCUUUAUUCAGCUCAUACUAGCAAUGAAUGAAACUUCCCACAAAACAUCUAGCUAUAUAUACAUUAUUUACACAAUGGGCCUCGCGUGAUUGGCUAAUUCUGGGCUGCUCCUGUAGGCCAAUCAGGCUGCAGAUUCACUGGAUUGGGUGGCUCCUGCGGACCAAUCAGACUGCUGCAUUCUGGAUCCUAUUAUUCUAGGAUUCAGCUCAGUACAUAACAGGCAGAUACUGAUUUUACAGGUCUAUACAGGGAUAGGAGGUCUUUCGAACCGUUAUAGGGAACCCGUGAAAUACAGAAGCAGAGUGACUAUUAUCCAGGAAAUCUUGCAGUGCUCUAACCGGUCUGCCCUUUACUUUCUCCUUGCAGGAAGGCCUGGCUGACCAACGUCGGAAGCCCAAGCUCACGCAUCGACCGGACUAAUUUUGCUAAUGAGAAAGAGAUCACUAAACUUGAGUUCACGGGCUUUAGCACAAGAUACUAGCCAAACAGUAUAACACCAAGCUUAUUGUACUGCUUAUAGUAAUUAAUCAAUUGAAAUUAUUGUUGAUGUUAUCAUUAUAUUAUUUACUUAAUUGAAACACUAUAAUAAUAUUAAUUAUAAUAUUGAUUGAUUAUUAUUAUAUUGUUAGGUUUCUGCUUUUGCAUGAUAAUGUUUCACGCUUCUCUGAAGUGCACAAUCCCACUUUUUGGAACCUUCCUGAAUGUUAGCAAUUCUCCUGUUUGCAUUCAGUAGGAACUGCUGUGCGCUGUAAUUUUAGAGAGACAUUUUUUUGAAAAAUGACGUCUUUACAACCACUGGCUCCCCCAAGCUGAAGCUGUCCCUACAGAUUUCAAAAAGGCAAAUAGGAGCCUCUCUCGAGGCAAGUUCUUAGCAAGCCCAACUAAGAGUGUGAUUGCAUUUAACAGUGGCUGUUUCCUCCUUCUAAAGAACAGCCGGGUUGGGUUGGGAAAUGAAGUUGUGAUGGAAGUGUCCCUCCUGAGGCUAAUAGCAGUUUGGGGGGUGUGAUUUUCGCUGGGAAUACGGCAAUGCGAGAAGGGUUGACACACCAGGCUCCCAAUCCUGAUCACGCCACCACCCAUGGCUGCUAUUGGAAGAAAACACGGCACAUUAAUGCAUUUAACAUCUCAUCCAGACUGACCCACAGCCCAACUCAUAACAAAGCAUUAAGCACACUGGUUCCAAUAGGAUAACUGCAUCAGAUUUUGCCCUUGGCAGUUAUUGCUGUGUUUAUUUACAGAACAACCCUACCCAUCUUUACUUGGAAGUAAGUACCACUGCAUCCAGUGCGGCUUACUCCCGGGUAAGUGCUGAGUUCUUCCCUAUAGGGUUCCUCAGCUGUAUCUGGUUGGCUUCACAUCACAGAAACUACAACGCCUUCUCUGUCUCUCUCUCCCUCUCUGGCCUAUCUUUCAAUAUGUUUACCUUGCAUUCUGAUCCAAGUGACUUAGACAAUGUUAAAACAAUAUGAAAACUACCCAAUGUCCUUAGUUCUCUUGUUUGAAUGACUACUCCUUUGCAGCAGUAGCUGCAGGCCGUUUAGCAACAAGAACACAGUUCUUUCUAGGAAGGAAAGUGGCAAUAGCCAAUCAGAACUGCAAACUGCAAAACAUGCUUUGCUCUUCUUCGCGAACCUUCAUUGCUUGAAUCCAGGGUUCAUCCAUCUAUAACAGGAAAAACCCAAAACUGUUCACAAUUGCCUGAUGGAAAUGUGGAAAAUGAAUUAAAUAAAAAGAAAAUAAAAAAUGUG